GUCACGUCCAAUACGCUCAACCCGGAAGUGUGUGUUUUACAUCAGCUCUGCUGCAAACCCGGAAAUGCCGGGCAGGCUGUGACAGCUGCUCCUGCUCAAGCUGUGUUUGUUUCUUUUUCACACCCCCCCCAGCUCCAACAUGAUCCCGUUUACCGUCAACAUCAAGCUGUCUACCCGCACGCUGACCGGAGCCCUGACCCAGAAUAACAGGGGGGCGCUGGACUGGUGAGUGGCUGCUGGCAGAGGUCAGAGGUUAAAGGUCAGCCAGGUCAAGGUUGGAUUCAUUUAGUAUGAGCAGAAGCAGAUCUAUGAAUACACAUAGAACAUUGCCUGCAAAAUAUGUAUCCCAGUGUUAGCCAUUGUUUAAAGGGACAGUAUAGUCACCAGGACCACUAUGGCUUAAUGAAGUGGUGCUGGUGUCUAUAGUCAGUCCCUGCAGUGUUAGCAAUGUAAACACUGCCGUUUGAGAGAAAAGGGCAGUGCUUACAUUGCUGCCUAGGAACAUCUCUGGCGGCUGUCACUCAGACGGCCACUAAAUGCACUUUCUGGGUCAGUACUGCACAUUGUCCAGUACUGGCGUUCAGCAUCUCCAUGCUCUUCAUGGAGACACUGAACUUUUCCAUUGAUUCAAUGCAUCGCUAUGAGGAGAUACUGAAAGGUGCAGUUUUGCCAUGCAUGCGCAAUAUCCUCCCAAGAUUGAUUGAUCUCAGCGAUGCGGGGGUGGGGGAAAAGGGGGCGUAAAAUCACCUUUGCCAUACAAUCAGAGAGGGGUCGGUAACCUAAAUAGUUAAACAUAGUGUCAGGAAUACAUGUUUGUAUUCCUGACACUAUAGUGUUCCAUUAAAGACUUUCACCUUUACUGCUUAAAGCUUAGGAACUUCAUAGAAAGGGAGAAAGCCCUAUCAGGAUUAUACUACGUAACUAAGGGAGCCAGAUCCAUCAUGGUUUUCUGGGUAUUUAUAAAUUAUACAUAUGGAUUGGCAACAUAGAAGUGCUGCAAGAGGGAAAUAAAAUCAUUGCUUAUUAAGGAAUAUUAAAGUACAUGAAUGCUACACACUGCAGGACAGCACAUGUAAGUGUUGUGUGCCCAGGAAAACAUAGAGUAUCUGGCAGCCUUAACACGUAAUAUGUGUUUAUAGUACUGGUGGGAGCUACAAGUGUUCUAUGAUGUUGGUUAGUUUUAAAGGGACAUUCUCAAGGCCUCCCAAUGGUCACAGUUUUGGUGUCCUGUCCUGAUUUUUCUGUGUCCUGUAUCCAUGGACACUAGGGAACUCUUCAGCAGCACAGAUGCGCUUGCACUGUGAACGAACACGAGGAUGAUGCAGUAAAUGCUUUGGUAGCACUUUCUGCAUGUUGGGGGCCAGCCAGACAGGUUGUCAGGCAGGUUGCUUGCUUGCUUGCUUCCUUGAUGCCAGGCUGACAAGCCUCUUCAGUGGGUAGGCCUGCCUCUUUUCCAUUGUGUCACUGGUGACACCCUCUCAUGUUUUCCCACCCUGUCCUGAUCUUAUACCUAAGCACCAAAACCACUUUAUGAUAUUAGUGGUGUUGGUAUGACAACUCUUUUUUUUUUUUCUGGCGGUGUAAUCAUUUGCUGUUUAUGAGAAAUGUAUGUAGUGACUCCUAGACAGACGGCAAUUAGACACACUUCCUCAUUGAAGACCUUUUGAUUUUCAAAGGCCUUCACAUUCACUGCCAUCACAAGAAAGUAUGAUGACACAGAAUGCUUCUAAUGCUUCUCAUUGAUUGCUGCUGUCCACACUAUUGACCAACCCCCCAACAUUGGUUGAUGCAAAUAUGGGCGCUGGUUAGUGGGUAAAAGAACACAGGUUAAUGAUAUGGAUCUUAAAACUGGUGUUGAUCUGCCUAAAGAAUAUAACCCAAACUACUCCAGAAAAUGAACAGGCUCAAAUCAGAAUAUUAAGUGCACCUGCGUGCUAUCCCCUCUAGCACAAGAAAGGCAUAGUACAUUGAGAAAGGGCGAUUUAUACCUGAAGCGUUUUGUUUGUCCUUUAUUAAAAAUGGUAGUACUGAGGUGCACUUAAUAUUCUGAUUUCCACUUAUUCUGUGCUUUGAGUAGUCCAACCUCAGUGCUUUUAGAACCAGCUGUAAAUGUGCAGUGUCUAAACCUCUGUGUUUCCAACAAUUGUUGCCCAAAGAAUAGGCAGUUCAAUCAUGUAGGCCGGCCCUCUAAGGACAGACUAGACGAGACUGUUGUUAGCGUGCUUGUGCCCUUAGUACAGCACAAUCACAGCUCUCCAUGCUAUGCUGUUUGUGCCCUCGUAUUCUUCCAAUGUUCCCUUCACCAUUAUUGGUAUAUUUGGUCAAUGCACCUUCAUGACUAUAGGUCUGUGAUGUCAGGUACACUCACAAUACAGUUAUAUUCUGCCAGUUUCCUUCUCAACACAAUAGAUCUGUUUCUCCAGUGUUCCAAUCGCCACUAUAAGCCAUUUUGUUCAGUGAUACGGUCAGUGUUAUACGUGUACUCUGCCAGUAUCUCUCAUUACUACAAGUGUUUUCUUCCAGUGACUUUCUCAUCACUGUUGUCUCACAUUACGAUCUACACCAGGGGUGCCCAAAAGGUAGAUCCCCCCAGAUGUUUUAAAUCUACAGACUCCACGGCGCUUUAUCAAUCUAAAGGCAUUCUAAAGGCAUGCAAAGCAUCAUGGGAGUUGUGGUUCUACAACAUCUGGGGAUCUAUUUUUUUGGGGACCCCUGAUCUACACUAUUCUGCCGGUAUAACACCACUAUAGCAUUCACACCAUGGAUUCUGCUCGGUACUAAUUCCCAGCUUCAAGAGUACCAGAGAAACACCGGCAGAAUGAAUAAACAGGAGGUAAAUUGGGGUUAUAAAGGAGAAAAGCAUCAAUAAGAUGGGAAAUUCACGUACACUUUCAGAAAAAAUUGUAUUUAAGGUAUUGCAUAAAUACCGUAAUACCGUAAAUACCUAAAAUAAAAAUAUUUUCUAAUAUGGACUAAUAAUAUUUAUUUUGCAUUACCUGUUAAACUCUGUUUUGUUUUCAGGGUGACUCACGAAAUGUGGAAUUCAAUGUAAAUUUCAAAUGUAAUAGCUGAAAUGGGAACAUUUUCUAAGUCAGUAAUGCUUUCAGCUCAGCUACUCUGGCCUUAACUUUAAAGUCCCUUUUAAAUUCUCUUUUUAGUAAAUAACCCUGUUUGUUUUCUGCCAAGAGACAGUGCACGACAUGACGUAAUGCACCAGCCAGGGUAACAGCGAGAAUGCCCUUGUGCAGGCAGAAUAGCUGCAUUUAUGUUUUAAAUUGGUCAGUAACCAUUUUACAUCAAGACAAAAAUGGAAGCAUUGGCCUGCAAGCCCUUUGUGAAGGCUAGAGGUGUGAUUAACCAUUUAGUGCUUACUGCAAGGACAUUGAAAUAUUUUUGUCAGUUAUUGGGAUCAUGAGACCUGCUUUGUAGUUGGAAAUGAGGAGCUUGUGAGAAAGAAGUGUUUAUAGUGUGUCUGAAAUUGCUUGUUUGAUUAAGCUGCCCUUUUAGUUAAACCUAAGAAUACAUUACCUUGCAUUCUUAAGCACGAAUCUCCAGAAAAUAAAACAUCACUGACUUUUCCUGUCUAGAAUUGUAAAAUGUGAUCUGCCUUGAUACAGAUUGACUAUCUAUCUCUUCUGCUAUUUAAAAUGGUUUUAACAUUUAGCAGCAAGGCUCUCAAAGCAGUUACUAUGGAGGAAAUGUAUCAAACCGUUGUGAUCAGAAAGACCGUUCAAGUUGUAAAAGGAAUGUUCCUGCUUAUUCCAUUGGUUUCCAUGGCAAUUGCUUAACUAUUCAAACUUUGCACCACAUUUCUGAUCACAACAUUGAUAGACCUCUCUCUGCACUUCAGCGUUUGAAGCUUCAUUGGUAAGUGAUGUAACUAUGAACAGGUAGCGUGGUUGUCUGCCCAUGGGGCACUCAGUUAAUGGAACUGGAAGCCUGUUUGACCCCAGAUUUCCCUUGGUCCACCAUUUGAAGUUAAAUAAAAAUCAUUUAAAUUUCUGCCAGCUAAAAGGUAGUAAAUACGUAUGGGAAAUGUAAUCCAAAAAUAGUUUGAGGACAAAAGUUACACAUUGAUGUUUUGUUGCAUGUUUUAUUUAUAUAGUAUAGAUAUUAUGUACUAUUUCAAGUGGAAUCUUUUUGAAGUAACCUUUUCCUAAAAUGUUGCAAUAAACCGUUUUUUUGUUGUCACUGAUGAAUAUUGGGAUAAGAUAAAGAAAGAUGAGGAUGGCAAAGAGCUAAAACAAAGUCAUCCACACCUUUUGCUCAGAUAUGCACUUGCAUACAUCCCUAUUUUGGAAGGACAGUCCCUAUUUGGGCCCAAAUCCCUCUGUCCCUCUUGUCUAUCGUAAUGUCCCUCUUUUCUCGGAGCUCUGUAUUGUUGGUGUGUCUCACUGUUUUAUUAUUUUCUCUUUCUUUCUAAGAUACGUUGUAUAGAAAGAAAUUGUGCAAAAACGUAUAACAAAAGAAAAGAAACAUGAUUUGGCCCAGGGUCUCCAUGUUGGUUGAUGUACCCCAGGGCUUGACAGAUUGCCUUGGAAUGUAGGAGCCAGCUUUUUUAUAAACUACCAGUUUUUAUUUUUAAUUGCAAAACUACAAUUCUUAAAGGGACCCUAUAGUUACCAGAACCAGUACAGCUUAAUGUAGUGGUUCUGGUGUCUAUAUCCUGUCCCUGCAGGCUUUUUAAUGUAAAUGUUGCCUUUUCAGAGACACCUCUUAUGGCAGUCACUCAGACGGCCACUAGAUGUGAUUUCUAGUCCACCGUAUGCACAGUGUGGUGCACCUACAUACAGUGUUUCAAUGCUCUGCAUGGAGGCAUGGAAUCUUCCCCACAGACAUGCUGAUUGACUCAGCGCUGCAUUUUGCCGUGGAUGCACAAUAGCCUCCCAAUGCUUUCCUAUGGGAAAGCAUUGGCUUGGCUGAGAUCAUCAAGGAUUGUCUCAGCCAUGGAGGUGAGACCAGCCAAGGCGAAAGAGAAUGGAGGGGGGCCAGUAAUCUAAACAGAUACACUCACUGACAGACACACACUUGCAGACUGACACACACUCACAUAUUUUCUCAUACACUCACAAAUUAUUGUUGUUUUUAUUUUUUUUCACUUUCCAUAACUUCUACAUUGGUUGACUUGCCGUAUGCUAUAUCGUCUGAUUAUAUUGUCAGUCCUUCAGUGCUUAUAUCUUGUUUGUCUUGUUUGUGAAACAUUGCAAUAAAAUAUUCAUGUGGAUAAAAAUGUUAGACAGGUUGCAGCGAGUAAACCUGCAAUUGAUGCCGCAAACGAGAGGAGCUUUACUUGCGCUGUUGUCACAGACAGCAGUUAUUCUAAUACGUAAAUAGGUAGAAACAAGACAAUUCCUUUUUUUAAAAUACAAGGCUUUUUAUUAAACCGGCAAUUGUGGAGAGUUGAGAAUCAUGGCAAUUGGCAGCCACACUGCAAAAUACUUGCAUUGGAAUAUUUUCCAAUCAUAUACUUUGAUAUAAUUAGCUAUUAUCCCAAACUCCCUGUUUAUUAGAUAACCCCAUUUAUACCAAACACAAAAGAGGGAGCCAGAGCGUACAUAAUUCUGAAAGAUUUAAUUCUAAAAUUGUAAAGCUCUGCAAAAUAUUUUCGUGCUAAAUAAAUGCUGAUAAUAGUAAUAAUUUAACUUUUAUCACAUAUUUUAACUUUUCUUCUUAUUUUCCUUCCCAGGGGCUGCCAAGGGCUUAUUGCAUAUGGAUGUCACUCUCUGGUCCUUGUUGUAGACCCUAGUUCUGCCCAGACCCUUCAGGUCUUGGAGAAGCACAAAGCCAAUGUGGUCAAGGUAAGUACCCUUGUUCUAUUGGAUGUGAUUACCCUGUUCUGCAAAGCCUGUAUGAGGAAUUUAAUUUUAACAGCCCCACUUCUGCUCUGCAGCAGAACAUAAAACCAUCUGCCUGUGAUAGCUGCACGCUGUCCCUGUAGUCCAUCUUCUUGUUGUGUGUGUGAGGCUGAUGGAGUGUUUUAUUUCGUCUUUGCUCAACGCACGAGAAUGUUGUGAGGAUGGCUAAACGUUUCAUCUUCUGUUUUCAGUUUUGCUGUUUGAGGGUAGUGUACAAAAGAUACAACUUCUUCCUUUCACUCUGUGACCCUGGGGGUUUUAGAUGUAGAUUCAGUGAGCCGAGGCUUUUCUCCACAUUCUGAACUCGCUUUGUUUAAAUCUAAUUAGUAUGCUGCUGACAGGCACAUUUUUCCUCCAAAAGAGAUCUCCACAAACUCAAAGUAAACCAAAAAGAGGAACAUUUUUUCCCCUAUUACCUUUCUUAUUCUUUCUAAAUCUGACACUUCUAACCUUUUGUAAAAUAAUAUUUUAAAGGGAAGCGUAAAGUUAGGCUUAAGUCUGUCACUGUGUGAUGUCAAGUGUCCCAGUGACAUUUCUUGAUCUAUAGACUUUUUUCUUAACGCGACAGGUUGUCUUUAAAUCAGAAUUGUUACUUCAGAGGUAAAAAAAAGGAACAUUAAAGGUUAGCUAUUAUAACUAUGCUUUAAGCAUCUCAGAUCCUCCCCCCUUCUCCUCUUACUGCAUCAGAACUUGUGUUGCAUUUCGAAAUUAAAAUAACUAUCAUUAGAGCAUCCUUCCCUACCCAGGAUCCACCUCCAUCAACUCCAGCACCCUGUCUUCCUUUGCCAAGAUAUCUGGUAAUGACCUCCUCAUAAUCAUCAAAUAAGCCAAACUUGCCACCUCCUCAACUGAUCCUAUAUUGCACUCUCUCUUGGCUCCCCUUCUCCUGAUCAUGAAUGUUAGUUCAUUAACCUAUCUGCCGCAAUACAGAUUGACUAUCUGUCUCUUCUGCUAUUUAAAAUGGUUUUAACGUUUAGCAGCAAGUCUCUCAAAGCAGUUACUAUGGAGGAAGUGUAUCAAACCGUUGUGAUCAGAAAGACCGUUCAAGUUGUAAAAGGAAUGUUCCUGCUUAUUCCAUUGGUUUCCAUGGCAAUUGCUCAACUAUUCAAACUUUGCACCACAUUUCUGAUCACAACAUUGAUAGACCUCUCUCUGCACUUCAGCGUUUGAAGCUUCAUUGGUAAGUGAUGUAACUAUGAACAGGUAGCUUGGUUCUCUGCCCAUGGGGCACUCAGUUUAUGGAACUGGAAGCCUGUUUGACCCCAGAUUUCCCUUGGUCCACCAUUUGAAGUUAAAUAAAAAUCCAUUUAAUGUUCUGCCACCUGAAAGGUAGUAUAUAUGGGAAAUGUAAUCCAAAAAUAGUUUGAGGACAAAAGUUACACAUUGAUGUUUUUUGUUGCAUGUUUUAUUUAUAUAGUAUAGAUAUUAUGUACUAUUUCAAAACCCUGCCAGGUUUUGACCGUUGUCCCUUCUCUCUUGCUUCUCUAGCCACCCAAUCUGGGUUCUGGUCUGCCCACUCGACUGAAACAGCUCUCCUCUCUGUCUAUAACUUCCUCACAGAAGUACAACAUUCUAAAUCAGUGGUAGGCAACCUUGUACACUCCAGAUGUGAUGGAUUAUAUCUCCCCUGAUGUUUUGCCAGUAUUAUGACUGUACAAGCAUUAUGGGAGAUGUAGUUCACAGCAUCUGGAUUGCCAACGGUUGCCUAACCCUGGUCUAAUCUCUUGUCCAUCUUCAUCCUUGAUUUAUCCACUGCAAUUGACACUGCUCACCGGUCACCUCUUCUGCUUCCUUUUACUUGGUCUUCCACAACGCUCCAUUAUGCCGUUUCAACAUAUCUAACAUGCUACUACGAGCAGACUUCUUAACGUGUCCCAUUCUUCUUGUGCCUAAGCCCUUCUUUAGAACUUAACUGGCUUCCGGUAUGGCAGAAUCUCUCUUCAAAUGCCUUACUCUCGUGUUGAAAUCCCUGUGUUCUUUUUCUCCUCACUACUUUCCUGCUACACCCGUCCUCCCCGCACCUUCUACUCUACAACUCUUACCUGACUCCUGUACCAGUAAGCUCCCUUGUGAUACAGCUCCUUUUCUUAAUUAACUGGUUUUGGUGUAUAGAUCAUGCCCCUUCAGUCUCACUGCUUAAUUCUCUACCAUUAAAGAGUUAACUAAUUUGUUUUUGCAAUCCUAGCUACACCUCCCAAGUCUGAGGCUCAUGUAGCCUUUCUGACACACUUCCUGAUAAAGAGUUGAAAUAUUUUAUCUCCCUUAUCAUAGAGUCCUAACCUCAGCAUCCGAGGAAAGGGAUUUAGGGGUGAUUAUUUCUGAUGACUUAAAGGUAGGCACACAAUGUAAUAGAGCAGCAGGAAAUGCUAGCAGAAUGCUUGCUUGUAUAGGGAGAGGUAUUAGCAGUAGAAAGAGGAAAGUGCUCAUGCCAUUGUACAGAACAUUGGUGAGACCUCACUUGGAGUAUUGUACGCAAUACUGGAGAACGUAUCUCCAGAAGGAUAUUGGUACUUCAGAGAGAGUUCAGAGAAGGGCUACUAAACUGGUUCAUGGAUUGCAGGAUAACACAAGGAAAGUUUAAAGGAUCUUAACAUGUAUAGCUUGGAGGAAAGACGAGACAGGGGGUAUAUGAUAGAAACAUUUAAAUACAUAAAGGAAAUCAAUACAAUAAAGGAGGAGACUAUAUUUAAAAAAGAAGAAAAACUACCACAACAAGAGGACAUAGUCUUAAAUUGAGGGGCAAAGGUUUAACAAUAUCAGGAAGUAUUACUUUACUGAGAGGGUAGUAGAUGCAUGGAAUAGCCUUCCAGCUUAAGUGGUAGAGUUUAACACAGUAAAAGAGUUUAAGCAUGCGUGGGAUAGGCAUAAGGCUAUCCUAACUAUAAGAUAAGGCUAGGGGCUAAUGAUAGUAUUUUUAAAAAUUGGGCAGACGAGAUGGGCCGAAUGGUUCUUAUCUGCCAUCACAUUCUAUGUUUAUUGCACAGUGUCUUUAAUUUAGAAAGCCUCCGUGUUUGAUUAAAGGGACACUAUAGUCACCUAAACAACUUUAGCUUAAUGAAGCAGUUUUGGUGUGUAGAUCAUGCCUCUCAGGUUUCAGUGCUCAAUCCACUACCAUUUAGGAGUUAAAUCACUUUGUUUCUGUUUAUAAAGUGCUUGCUACACCUUCCCUGGCUCUGAUUGACAUGACCUGCAUGAAAAAAAAUCAACAAAAACUGGUUUCACUUUCAAUCAGAUGUAAUUUACCUUAAACAAUUUUAUCUCUUGCUCUGUAAAUGUAACUUUAAUCACAUACAGGAGGCUCUUGCAGGGUCUAGCAAGCUAUUAACAUAGCAGGAGAAUCUAAAUUAAACAGAGCUUGCAAUAAAGGAAAGAUAAAAAUUAGAUGACUCUUUACAGGAAGUGUUUAGGAAGGCUGUGCAAGUCACAUGCAGGGAGGUGUGACUAGGGUUCAUAAACAAAGUGAUUUAACUCCCAAAUGGCAGAUAAUUGAGCACUGAGACUGCAGUGGCAUGAUCUAUACACCAAAACUGUUUCAUUAAGCUAAAGUUGUUUUGGUGACUAUAGUGUCCCUUUAAAGGGACACUUUAAUGAUUAACUCAAGAACCUCUAAGGAAACACACUGUACUGUAAAUAAUAACUCCUUUUUCAUGGAGGCUGUGUGAGUUACAGCCAGAUGAAGGUGUGGGUAGGGCAGCAUAAAUAGUGAUUAAACUCCUAAGUGGCACAGAAUUGAGUAGUUAUAUUGGUGUCUAUGGUAUAUCUUUAACAUAACUAAUAUUUCUAAAUCUGUUAUUCUGUUAAAAAAAAAAAAAAAAAAGAUAAACUGACUUGUGCAACUUCUUCUGUCUUCAUUUUUUUACUGUUGUCAUUUGGACAUGUUGACUUGCAUAGUUUUGAACUGAUUGUACCAGACUGCCAGGAAUCACAAUGCAGUUUCCAAAGCUCUAGCACAGGGAGCACAUACCUGGAACUUCAACUAUUAAUAGGAAGAUAAUAUCUAGAAUUGUCUUGAUAACCUGGUUCUAGAGUCUGAGUUGCUAGCAAUGAGAUGAACAGCAAUAUAGUUAAACACUCUGAUUUCUUUCCACAGGUAAAAUGGGCCAGAGAGAAUUAUCACCACAACCUGGGCUCCCCGUAUGCCCUGCGUUUGGCAUCAGCUGAUUCCAGUGGGAAGAUUGUUGUGUGGGAUGUGAUGUCAGGCACAACAAGAUGUGAAAUACAAGAACACUCAAAGCCCAUCCAUGGUAAGGAGCAACCAGGCACCUGAGAUGUUUGUGUUUGUGGGGGUGUUAUAUAUUAUUAUUAUUAUUAGUAGUAGUAGUAGUAGUAUUUAUAUAGUGCCAAACUAAUUCCACAGCACUUUACAAUGUUAUAAAAGGGAGGGAAAUUUACAAUACAUGAGACAAUUACACAAUGACACAGGAACAAUAGGUAGAUGAGGACCUUGCUCAAACGAGCUUACAGUCUAGAUAAGGUGGGGUACAAAUACACAACAAGGCAGCAAGGGUGACAGCCACCAAACAAGGUGGAAGAGUAGCAUAACUGGAGGAGAGAGUGGAGUAUGGCUCUUUAGGAGAGCAAGAGACAGACUUGGGUAAGUAUAGAUAAGUUACUCUGGGAGUCCAUAAGCAUUUCUGAACAGAUGUUUUGAGGCACUUCUUAAACAGUUGAAGACUAGGGGAGAGUCUGAUGGCGGUAGGCAGGCUGUUCCAAAGGAAGGGAACCACCUGUGAGAAGUCCUGCAAGUUUAGCAGUAAGGUUGCGAGCAGCGGACAGGAGAAGAUCACCGGCAGAACGGAGAGACCGAGAAGGGGCAUAUAUACGAAUCAGUGAAGAAAUGUAAGAGGGGCUAGAGUUGGUUAGAGCUUUAUAGGUAAGGGUUAGUAUUUUGAAUUAACACCUAUAUGAUACAGGGAGCCAGUGUAAUGAUUGACAGAGUGGUGAGGUAUGGGAGGAACGAAGGGUGGCAAAGAUCAGCCUGGCAGUAGCAUUCAUUGCCAAUUGUAGCGGGGCAGUUUGGCUUUUGGGGAGACCAACUAGGAGAAAAUUACAGUAAUAAAUGCGAGAGAUUACCAGAGCAUGAACAAGCUCCUUGGCAGCAUCUUGCGUGAGAAAGGGGCAGAUGCGGGCAAUAUUUUUAAGGUGGAAUUGACACCUUACAAUUGUAAGCUACAUAUUAAACGUCACUUUACACUUUUUCUGUAGAUAUGCAGUGGCUCUGGAGUCAAGACGCGUCUCGUGACCUGUUGCUGGCCGUGCACCCUCCCAACCUCAUUGUGCUUUGGAAUGCAGACACUGGCACCAAAUUGUGGAAAAAAAGCUACGCGGAAAACAUUCUGAGUUUUUCCUUCAACCCUUUUCAGCCCUCGCAACUUGCAUGUGAGUGUCAGAAACCCAUAAAGGGGUAUUAAUGAUCACACUAAUAUUAGCCCUUUAUAAAACCACAGUAAAUCCUCAUCUUGAAUAUGUGGUGCAAGUUUGGGGCUAGUUUGAAAUCUAGAUAUUAAAAGUGCAGGCUUCAAAUGAACAAGGGGGAUGAAAGGUUUCCGCUAAUAAGGCUAGUUAAAAGGGUAUAUCGUAGACUUGUACAUAUAUUGUAAAUACAGGGUCAGUACAAACCGCUCUCUAGUAACCUGUUAAUUAGAAUGUCUGUACAAAUCCGAAGUAAUUGUUUGUGACUUUUUUAUUUAUUUUGUGCUUGAGGAAAGGGGGUUUCGUCUAGAGGAAAUGUUUUGAUACUGUAAGAACAAUAAAUAUGUGGAAUUCUUUACCUAAAGUGUUUGCUUUGUGGGGUGCUAUACAGAUUGGGGGAAAAUAUAUGGGUUUUUAUUAGUUUGUUUUUUAAAAUAAUAUUCAACAAUAUACUAGUUGAUGUUUUGGGUAACAGCUUAUUGAUCCUGGGAGAUGUCUGGUUGCUCUAUUAGAUAUGGUAGAACUGGGUCUUUCACCUUCUUUUCAUUCAGCCACAGAUUUUUUUUUUGUAAAUCUACUUUACUUUGUGACAUAGAUCUCUUGUCACUGUACACGUGUGAAGUGGUUAUAUGAUUAAUUAAAUCCGUGAUACCUAACCCAGUUCUCUAGGGAGCUUACAGUCCUGGUUAGAAACAGAAUUAGGAAAUCUCUAAAUUCAAUCUGACUAUUGGUGCCCUUUAUUCUGUUGGAAAACCACUGGUUUUAGAGAUUUAACAGAAAAUUUGUUUCACAAUGUCUUCUUUUUGCAAUCUCUUUUCAUAGUGCUCACCAGUGAGGGCAUUGUGUUUGUCUCUGACUUUUCCCCAUCCAAACCACCCACUAGCACAGGACGGAAGGUGUAUAUCUCCAGCCCUCAUGCCAGCCCUAUUCAUACCAAACCUGCUACUGCAACCGGUGCCAAGAAGGCUCUCAACAAAGUUAAGAUUCUUAUCACCAACGAGAAGCCCAGGUGAGUGUUUAGAACAGGUAACCAUGCGUAUACACGCAUAUUAUAAUUUAUUAUAAGAUUCCGUAGCAGGAAUGUGGCAUAAUGCAACAACCUCACAGAUCGGUUUUGUUUUAUGGUAAUGUUCUAUGUCAGAAACCAUUUGACAGUACUGAAGAACACACGUCUGGCAGUCCAAAAGUUCUUUACUUUAGCAAUAACAUGGCUUGGCAACAAUAUUCCUAAAAAAAUAUGUUCUAUGUUCUUGCACUGUUGAGUGAUUAUUAUUUUUAUUUUAUUUUUUUUAAAGGAAUACUUAAAAAAAAUUUUAUUUCUUAGAGGUUGGUUCGUUCAUUUUUCUUGUUUAAAUUCAGCCAUGCCCAAAUCCCGACCCUUUCCCUCUGCACACACACACUUUCAUUUAAAAAUACUUGACCUUUUUUACAUUCUUCUUUGCUCUGUCCCUGAGAACAUACUGGUGAAGCAUUGAGGACCUUGGGCACAUUUAUGGCAGUUGCCACUUUAUGCCAAUACAAUGCUUCUCUAUGAAACGCGCUCACUACGGUUUGCAUGCAGCGAGUGUGAGGAUAGAAAAGCUUUUAUAAAAUGAAAUAAGAUGAUGGAUAGCAAGUUUACUCUUAAAGCACUUGAGCUAGCUGGACUGACUCUUAAUUAUUUUAACCGGAAUUAAACCAGCGGUGAAUAUCUAUGCUGUCUUUGCCAUCUACAAGCUUCUACUGCUCUAUAAUUAUGAUACCAAGAAAUUUUUAUGAUAUUGAGCCAUAAACAACAUUACUAAUGAUACCGGAGAGUGCAACUCAACUGUUCAUGGUACACCGGUAUCUGCCCCAUCUCGAAACCUUCCACUUGUACAUGAGACACAUUUGUACUUUUUGAUAAACCCAGAUUAAGUUGCUGAGUCUUAUUUUUUUUUUUAGGAUCUCAUUCUUGCCUUUUUUCACUAUAUUGCAUGGUAAUGCAUUAUAUAUUGAGAGCUAGAAGGGCCUGUUAAGGUGUACGCUUCUUUGUGAUCAGAUUCUAAUACUGUUUGUUUACUUUCUUGCAGUGCGGAGGCUGUGACCCUUAAUGAAUGCUUGCAGCUCUCUUACAUGCCUUCGAAGCGAAACCACAUGCUACUUCUUUACCCACGAGAGAUCCUGAUCUUGGACCUGGAGGUCAAUCAGACUGUUGGAGUUGUAGCCAUCGAAAGGACAGGUGUCCCUUUCUUGCAGGUAGAAACACUUUCAUGUACAUUUGUCAGUACCAAGACAUUAUAUAAAUUAAGGAGGGCAUUUCUUUAAAAAAGGCACUGCAUUAGAGGAUUUGCAGGAUUGACCGGGAGUACAUGAUUCACAGGAUGUUAAUAUAAUUUUUCAUUGCUGGGGGUGGUGAGAACCUUAAUGUCUGUUAUUUACCACCAGUGUGCAUGUGGCAAAUACAGUUCCUUUAAACACUACUCAUUGUGCAAGAAUAGAAAGUUAUGUCAGAUUCACGGGGGUUCAAAGUCAUGGUCAGCUUCUAAAUAACUCUCAUUGAUAUUUCUCUAGAAGCAUAAAGGUGUAUGUACCUAAUUCAAUCACAGUCUUUAGAUCUUUUCAGACCAUUUUGUAUAUGUUGCCAAACAAAAACAUGCUGUACCUAUCGUGUUAAGUUCUGCAGUCUACCUCCACACACACACACAGACCCGUAUUGAUGUCUAGAAAUAUAGCUAAGAUGUUCUGCAAUUAAUCCUACUGAGAUAUAUCGGUAUCUCAGGAUAAAGAUUUUUCAGAAAUGCUUAGUCUGCUCAAACAGGAUUUCUGAUGUUAAACUUUGCAUUGGAUUGUGAGAUCCUGGACAUCAUAAAAGACUUGCAUGGUGUUGUCCUACCUUCUAGUCUCGAGCUUUCAUUGGGUAGCAGUGUCCAGAGAUGGAGUUAAUUUCUAGGUGUAGAUUCAAGCACCCUGCCACCUUUUAACACUAAAUACUACUGCCUGUCAUAGUAGAGAGUUGAAUUUUCAGCCAACUUGACAGCAAACUCUGUAGUUGCUUGAUCCUAGAGGGUUCAGGUGAACUUUUCAUUUUCAACUUAUAUUCAAUAUAUAUACAUGCCCAUAGCACGAAGCAGUCCAAGGAACUCACUUUAGUGAUUACCAAGUUGAGAAUUGUCACCAUGUCGUGCAACUAUCAUUAUAAAGUCAUGAUCUGGGGUUUACGUGACUAGUCUCCAUUAGUGUUUUAAUGGCUGUUACUUGAAUGUCUCUGCUCUAUUACUACCCAGGUGACCCCAUGCUUUCAGAGGGAUGUGCUUUUCUGUCUCCAUGAGAAUGGCUGCAUUUCUAUGCGUGUUGGUAGGCAAACUUGUGGAAGUUCAGGGGCCCCAAACGAGGAGACGGGUAAGGCUGUUAAUAUAUCUGCUACUGGUAAACCAUUAUACCAAAGGUCACAAAAUGGUACUAUUGUUUAUAAAGUGUUGCAGAGUUGAUCUGCAACUGUUAUGAAAAAAUUUGUAAAGUACAUGUACUAUUGUUAUUUAACAUUAGAAGCAAUACAAAGUAUAUAGAGAGAAUCUACUGUCAAUUUACCAACAAGGAUAUACACUAAGGGGAGAAUUCUACGUGAAUUCAAAUUUAAGGUCAAAUAGAUUAAAUGGAACCAUAGUCUCACGGGAUUCUACAGAGACAUCAAUGUUGUGCUCUGGGUCAUGUCGUGGGGCCAUGGCAGAUCAGACACCAGGAACUGAAGAUAGUCCAGUGGGUGCAGAUGGCAGCGGUUGCGAGGGCCAGCUUCAGGUAAGUAAAACUUACCCUUCUCUGCACCCCAUGGCCAAUGGACACCGAGUGAUGAAGUCACCAUCGGGGAUCUUUGCAAAUUAUGUGAAGACACCAGAAGAAGAGUAGAAAGAGCUGCUUUACAUUUUAAAUUCACUUUGAAAUACUAUCAUUUCUCACUUUAGUUAAUAACCUUGCAUGAGUUUCAUUAUAGAUCCAUCUACUUUCACUAUGUCAGAUGUUACUAGGCAGAUCCAUUACCAGUAUACCUGGUGUAGACCUACUUUUCUGAUACUGGAUCUACCUUUGUAGCGAUAUGAUAAAGCAUACCUAUUACAGUUAUUCUAGAUAUAUAAAAGUAGAUCAAUUAUUGUUAAAUCAAGUAGAACUACCAGUGCCCUAAUAAAGGGCUUCCUAAACAAUGAUUUGUAAGACCAGGGCUAGAGAUGAGCCAAAUCAGUCUAGCUAGAAUAAAUUGGUCAACUAAACUAACGGAACGCCACAAAACAGGCACUUUACACAUUUUGUUUUGUAGGCAAUUCUUCGAUUCACAAAUUGUCCAAUGAGUCUCUUUAAUUUGAGUGACCCUCUUGCCAUGACUUGAGUUUGUGAAUAAACGUAUGAUUCUUUAAUAACAGAGGGAUCUGGCUACUUUUCUGAUUCUUGGAUUUAUACCAACUGUUACAAAGUAACUCUGCUGACGUUAGACCAAGUGUUACGAAGUCUAUACCCUGACCAACUCUGCAAAGUGGAACGUUCUCCCCCACUGUUUACUAUUACUGCUAUGUGACUGGCAAUCAGCUGUUUGGCAUCAAGAUUAAUUGUCUACCCUAAUACCAUUACUUGCAAUGCUUUAAAACCAUGGCAACUAAGACAGCCAUCUGAAAAUCUGCAAAAUUGUCUAAAAAGAAAGGGCAUCCGCAUUAAUUUUAUACAGUGGAACAGCUGUUGGGGUGUCAGACACCGGCAUGGAAUGCGUUGAGCACAAAUGGUUUCUAUGCAGAAUUAAUGAACAAACUGGGUACCCUGCAGAUCAUGGUCUCAUUCGCAACACUACAUCUGCAGAUUCUGAAAUACCAGUAUCCUCCCUGGAGAUUAAAAAUGUUCUUCACCUAAUCCUGAGUUCACAAAUCAUUUCGAUCUUGGGAAUUUUUUUGUUUUAGCAUUUCAUACAGGGUGACGAAUCUGCUGUGCCUGUAGAAAUAUAGCUAUAGUGAUUUUUUUAAAUUAAACCAUUGUAAAUGAAAGCUUAGGGCACAAUUAAUUUUUGAUAUUCUUUGGAAACGCUCAAACAGCGGAUGUAAAUUUAUUUAAUGUUGGCUGUAAAAAAGGCGAGCUCUAUUGUGUUCCGAGCACUUCAAACUAAAUGAAUCCCAGUGGAUAAUGUAGAUAGCACUGAUCAUCAUACCCCACAAGGAUUUGGAAUAUGAAAAUUGCAAAUUAUAUGAUUUUUCCCAGAGGAAACCAAAUGCUCUUUACAAACAAAUCACAUCAUUUGUCUCUUCAGACUCUGAUGCCGUGCCAGAAAUGACUUAUGAUCUUCGCUGCCAGUGUGACGCCUUCCGAGUCACUAAGACCGUCCGUCCAUACAGCAUAGCAUGCAGUACCAUCAAUGAGAAUGCCAUUGCCCUAAUAAUCAGUGAUGGUCGAGUUAUGAUCUGGGAGCUGAAAUCAGGUGUAUUGGGAAGAAAGAAUCCUAAUGCUGGGUAAUAAUUUAUGUUCUUUGAUAUUCAUGGACUGUGUAUCAUCUGUGACUCAAUCACUUUGUUGUUUUCUGAAGAUCACCUCCUAAUCUAAACUUUACAAACCUAUAUUAUGUAGCAUUUACACUCGGAUACCAUGUAGAUUAGCCUGAUACGGCUCAUCCUGUAUUGCCUGUUGUUUGUUACAGAGUUGCUUUCCCUUCUGCAGCCAAUGUCUCUGCUGUUCUUUGUAUCGGAUAACACAGACACUUUGCUUGAGAUGCCUGCACUGUUAAACUAGGAGCCACAGACUGGCCUUACUAAAUGCAUUCACUACAACAGGCUGAGUGUGAUUGCGUUUGUGAUCUUAUGUGAAGACCAAACAGCCAAGCAUGCAGGAACUACCAUGGUUUUUGUCAGAUGUGUGAAGGGAGAGUGCCAAUUCUCCAUUAAUAUAUACUGACUGAUACUUUAUCAUAUAUGAUUUAAUUAAACAUCUCGCCCAUCACUGAGAUGGAAGUGUUUGAGUUUAUGUGGUGAUGUAGGCAUUAAUUCUACUAAUGCGUUGUCUUCUCUUUUCCCCUAUUGCUUUAGGUCCUGUGCUUUAUAUGCCCCAUCUUCAUUCUGCGGUAAUCCGGUCGAUCCUGCCCAAAGAAAACUUCCCGAUCUCUCUCUGGACAGUAUGAUUGGUAAGACACAGAAUGACUACUAAUUAGAUAGAUACACAGUAUUCUUAAUCUGCAACAUGUUUGACACUCUUUCUCUGGCGUAAAGUGACUUCUAGUUAACUGGUGACUGGCCUACCGGUAUUUUUAUUUAUUUAUGGUCAUUUUUUUAACGGGGUUUUUCUAAUAUUUUCACUGACGUGUUUAUUUUACUUGUUGUUCCACUAGUGAUGCCUCUCUUUUGCAGCUUCUUACAGGCAUAACCUGUGAAUUCUUAUAAAGGAACAUGAUAUUAGAUCUCUGUGGUAGGCUGAACGAAUGCUACAUUAUGUAUAGAACAGUAUCCCAUAGACUGUAUUGAAACACAUGUCAUGCGAAGGAGAUGGUACACUCGGGCAUUGAUAAACUCGUUGAUCAAGCAGUACAUUAAUACUGAGAUGUCUUCACUCUGUUUCUGUAAAUUAACCAAAUUCAAAAGCUGCUGGAAUGUAAACUUUUAAAGUCGGGGGUGCUGGCACUUGCAUCUACGCUUCGAUUAUUUGCCAAUGUUUUAUGAUCGAUUUAAUGCUGUGCAUGUUUCAUACAACUGAGAAAAUACAAUUUAAAAUUUUUAAAGGAACAUUCUAAUGUUAAAAAUAUAUUUUUAAUGUUGGAAUGUUUCUUUUUUUUUUUUUUUAGUUUAGAUAGCGCCCCUGAAGAGAUUAAAGCAAUUAAACUUACCUGUAAUCCAGUGCAGGGAUAGCCUCCAUUCUGCAAUGUGAUCCGCUUACUGUGAAAUCAUCCAUCGUGAUCAUGUCAGACGCUUCUCUCAUAGAAGCAUUCAGUACCUACAGUUCAUGCGCAGUAGUCAGUGCACUCCACAAAUCCAGUAAUAGAAGCAUUGAAACCAAGCACAUUAGCCUCGUUAGGCAUGAUCAUGCUGUGUUUGACAUUUUGAAAAUCAAAACUUUUAGCAUGCAAUAAAAUACAGGACUCCCAACUGUCCUGCUUUUGUCCUGUAUCCAUUGACACCAGGGAACUGUCCCCGGUAAGCUCAGUGCCAGUGCAUCAUUAGAUGGCUACAUGUGGAGACCAUACAUGUAGUUCGAAAGCGUCAGGGUUCCUGCCUGCCAACCUGACCUGCUUGAUGGCACAUCAGUGGGUGGGCACACCAACAUCCAAGGUGGGCACGCCCAUUAUGGGUGUCACCAUUGAUGCAACUUGCAUAACUGGUAAUACCCUCUUAAAGACUAAGCCUAAAAUGGUCAGAAUUGUGGCAACUGACAUUUAAUGUGGAUAAGUGCAAGAUAAUGCAUCUUGGACGUAAAAACCCAAGGGCAGAGUACAGAAUAUUUGAUAGAGUUCUAACCUCAACAUAUGAGGAAAGGGAUUUAGGGGUGAUUAUUUCUGAUGACUUAAAGGUAGGCAGACAAUGUAAUAGAGCAGCAGGAAAUGCUAGCAGAAUGCUUGGUUGUAUAGGAGAGGUAUUAGCAGUAGAAAGAGGGAAGUGCUCAUGCCAUUGUACAGAACACUGGUGAGACCUCACUUGGAGUAUUGUACACAGUACUGGAGACCGUAUCUUCAGAAGGAUAUUGAUACCUUAGAGAGGGUUCAGAGAAGGGCUACUAAACUGGUUCAUGGAUUGCGGGAUAAAACUUACCAGGAAAGGUUAAAGGAUCUUAACAUGUAUAGCUUGGAGGAAAGACGAGACAGGGGGGAUAUGAUAGAAACAUUUAAAUAUAUAAAGGGAAUCAACACAGUAAAGGAGGAGACUAUAUUUAAAAGAAGAAAAACUACCACAACAAGAGGACAUAGUCUUAAAUUAGAGGGACAAAGGUUUAAAAAUAAUAUCCGGAAGUAUUACUUUACUGAGAGGGUAGUGGAUGCAUGGAAUAGCCUUCCAGCUAAAGUGGUAGAGGUUAACACAGUAAAGGAGUUUAAGCAUGCGUGGGACAGGCAUAAGGCUAUCCUAACUAUAAGAUAAGACUAGGGACUAAUGAAAGUAUUUAGAAAAUUGGGCAGACUAGAUGGGCCGAAUGGUUCUUAUCUGUUGUCACAUUCUAUGUUUCUAUGUUUCUAUGUUUCUAAGCCACUUGUUCUGAUUUCAUAACUCCCAGUGUUGUAAGGUAUACCGAAAUCUAUCAAAUGCGUUAAAGUUGUAUUAGUGCCCAGAGUGCCCCUUGAACAUUAACUUUAAAACAAAACACUUGUCAGAAUUAUAGCAAAAUAUAUAUAUAGGUAAAGAGACAUUCCAAGUACCAUAGUUACUUUGACUUGCUGUAGUGGUUAUGGUGCAAAGACGCUGUCUCUGUGCUCUCUUAUCUUAAAACAUUGCCAUUUUAUUAAUAUCUGUAUAAAUGUUUGGAGCUAUAACUCCCCCUCCGGCUACUCUGCGUAGAUGAAGAUGCUUUCUUCAUGGUUUGACUGUACAAAUAUUUAUACAGUGUGAGUAUCGCAUGUUCAAACCAAACAAAUCAGAUGUGUCUGCUUGCAGGUGCUGUGCUAAAGAAACACCCCUUGCAAGUAAUUCAGCUACACUAACCCGAGCAGUGCUUUGAGCGUACAUUUUAAUAUGAUUAAGGGGGGAAAACUUUAAAUGCCGAUUCUCCCCAACAUUCCUCCCCAUCCUGUAGUCACUGGUAGAGAAUUGGCUGUGGGGAGAACCUGGCCUGGGCGCUAAUACAGAGGUAACAUAUUGCUGCUUUUUUUUGGCGGGGGGGGGGGAUUGAUGAGAGGGGUGGUCAGGUGUAUAAUUUAAUUGACCAAAAACAAUGUUUUCUUAGAACACUGUUUUUGGUUGGAGUAACCCUUUACGCAAUGCUUUUUCCUUUACAUGCUCAAUAACUAUAUUCUGUAUUUUUUUUAUUUUAUUUUCCAGAUUCAAUAAUAGCAGUAAUAAUAUAAUCUGGGGAACAUAUAAAGCGGAGUACACCAUAAAUGUAGUCCUGUAAUAACUACUUUCCCCCAGGACAUUUAAAAAAAAAAAAACUGUGAAAUCUCAGUGUUCCACCUGGAAGAACACUUUUAUUAUCUACACAGCUUUUAUUGAGAAAUCUAUACAUAUUCCUUACAGUUUGUCAUUUUGUAGGAAUUUUUAAAAAUAUAAAAAAUGGAGUUAAAGGGAGACUAUUGUCACCAGAACAACUACAGCUUAUUGAAUUUGUUCUGGUGAGUAGAAUCAUCCCCUUCAUGCUUUUUGCUGUAAACACUGUCCUUUCAGAGAAAAUGCAGUGUUUACAUUACAGCUUAGUGAUAACUUCACUGGCCACUCCUCAGAUGGCUGCUAAAGCUGCUUCCUGGUGCAGUGCUGCAGAGUAAGCAGCACUGCCAUUCAGUGUCUCCACAGUCUGCAUGCAGACACUGAACUUUCCUCAUAGAGAUGCAUUGAAUCAAAUCAUCUCUAUGAGUAGAUGCUGAUUGACUAGGGCUGUGUUUGACUUGUGCUGGCUCUGCCCCGAUCUGCCUCUUUGUCAGUCUCAGCCAAUCCUGUGGUGAAGCAUUGUGAUAGGCUCAUAGAAUUGCUUCUGAAGAUGUCAGCAGACAGGGCCAGGUUAGAGGCAGACAAGGGCAAAGCCAGCAGCUACAGACUUGAAUAUAAGUAUAUAAGAGUUUACUAUAUUUAGGGAAGCAAGAGGGAGCCAGAUGGUGGUUUUAACACGAUAGGGUAGGAAUACAUGUUUGUGUUCCUGACCCUAGAGUGUUCCUUUAAGGAACUGCACAAAGAAGGAAUGGGUGGGGAAUGGGUAAUUGGAACAAGUUGAAUCAAUUGUAUCUUUUUGGUCCUGGAAAAGCAUCAAAUCAAUAUGGGUUUCUAUUUUUCAGCUGGACAAAGCAUGCUGGGAUGUGAUCCUCAGUCAUCUGGAAGUCCUCUUCAGGAAGUGCACCUUAAAUUUUUGCUCACUGGUCUUCUUUCUGGGCUUCCUCAGCCACCAUUUGUGGUCAGAAUGUGCCCUCCUCUGACUACCAAGAAUAUCACACAGUACAAGCCCCUGCUGGCAGUUGGUAAGUCUUUUGCCAGGUGUAGCCAAAUGGCUCUCCAGUAAAUUUUUAAAACCACAGCUCCCAAGAUGCGUUGUGAUCAGAUUGCAAGGUGUCUUGGAAACUGAUGUUCUAUGUGUUGGCUGCUUCUGUACGGUUCCUGUGUUACCAUACAAAGUGCUGCUUUCUUUGGUUCGUUCAAUGCCAUAGAUGCCCCCAUUUUACAUAUUUCUAAGAAGUCUGUUGAUAUUCCAUGUUGUAUAAUCAUAUGAAGGGACAUUUCAGGUGUUGAGGCUAUUUUGAUGACCAUAGAGUGUCAUUGUCUAGAUCAGGGGGAGUCAACCUUUUAAUACCUACCGACCACUUUUGUAUCUUUGUUGAUGGUAAAAUGUUCUUACUGCCCACCAGUGCCACAAUAACUCAUUUUAUAGCGCAAGUGAAAAGAUUUUUUACAUUUUUUAAUUUAUUUUUUUAAUGGACACUCCAGGCACCCAGACCACUUCUGCCCAUUGGAGUGGUCUGGGUGCCAACUCCCACUACCCUUAACCCUGCAACUGUAAAUAUUGCAGUUUUUAUAAACUGAAAUAUUUACAUUGCAGGGUUAACUCCUCCUCUAGUGGCUGUCUUCUAGACAGCCACUAGAGGGCACUUCCUGGUUUAUAGCACAGAUCUGUGUUACAGCGUCGCUAGACGUCAUCACGCUAUGUGAGGAUCUCCAGCGUCGCUGAAAUCCACAUAGGAAAGCAUUGAAAGCAUUUUUCAAUGUCCAUUAGGUCGCCCCCUCCAGCCGCACAUGAGCAAUAGGUCUCCCCCGCCGGAUGACGUCGGCGGGGGAGAAGCGUGGGCAGACCCUGAACCAUCGGCUCUGGAUACAGGUAAGUCACUGAAGGGGUGGUGUCAACCUGGGAUGGGUGGUGGGAGGGACUAGAGUGUCCCUUUAAAUAUGUAUUUAAAUGUAUCUAUUUUUUGCCUUUUUCCCUAUUUUCUAUUCUUUUUUUUUUUCUGUCUAUGAGGUGCUGUGUGUGUGUGUGAGAGGGCAGUCUGUGUGUGCGUGUGAGGGGGCAGUUUGUGUGUGUGAGGGGGGACAGCGCAUGCGUCUGUUUGUGUGUGAAGGGUGCAUAGGGUUUAUGUGUGUAGAUGGGUGAGCUGUGAAAAUCUAUCUUAAUGUCUCCCCCUCUCUUCUUCUUACUGUUUACCAGGGAUGGGGGACAUAAUGCUGCAAGCCCUGGUGGUCCAGUGGUGGCAUGUUCACAUUAGCCUGCAGCUCCUCUGGCUGCAGGCCAACUCUCCUGUCCCCCUGCUAGCACUUCACAGCACUGUAUUGGAGUGUUGCCAUGGUAACGCACGGCAACACUGCAACCAGCCUGCUCGUGGUGAGAAACAUAGUGCCUCCCAGGUCCUUCCCUCUGCUGGAACUAAGGGCCAGUGAGGGAGAUCUUUGAUCUCCCCACCAGUCAGAGAGGGCUUACAGCAAGGCUGGCUCUGCAUGGGUCAGCAGGGAAGAUGAAAUGAUCUCUCCUGCCGACCUUGGUUCACAGCGAACAAGGCCCACUGAGCAUUUUCUGCAGAACCCACCAGCGCCCACCUGAAAUCCCAAACCGCCUACUAGUGGGUGGUAGGGACCAGGUUGACUACCCCUGGUCUAGAUGGUGACCCAUUUAACAUGGGAUUGUCUUUUCCAUGUAUGUAGAUUUUGAAGGAGUUGCUCUAAAGAAAUUUUUAUCUUAAAGUUGGAAUGGUUCUGACUGGUUGUGAACUGAAAACUGUCCUCUAACUCUCAAUGCCUAUUUUUACAGGUACAAGCAAUGGUUCUGUCUUUGUCUACAACCUGACAAGCGGUCUAUUACAUAAAGAAUUAAAUAUACAUUCCUGCGAGGUCAAGUGAGUGUUUAAAAAAAAAAAAAAAAAUCCAGCUCAUUAAUUCUAGCUUUAUGGCCUAAAUUAUCAUUUUUUUGUAUAUAAAAAGGUAAUGGCUUUGGAGCAUUCUAUAUCCUAUCCCGGCCUACUUUGUUUGAAUAUCCCAUUGUCAAGUACUUCAGUCUUUCUGUUUUAAGGUACAUGUUCCAACCUGCAGUGUUCACUAACACAAUUGUACAUGUUGUCAGGACGCACAGCAAAGAUUUCUGGGAGCUUUAGUUCAGAUAGCCGUUUCAUAAGCAGAACUGAAGAGCAAGUAAACUCAUCAUGAACACUUUAUCCCAGUGCUGGGUUAAACAUGUCCUGCAGCUUAGAUUCAAAUUCAAAUGCUCAAAUUGAUAGACUCCUGAUUGGCCAUGCUACUUCCUAAUGUAGGCUAACAAAAAGACUGAACUUUAAAAGUAGGUAUCCAUAGGCGUGCGCACGGGGUGUGCCGGGUGUGCCUGGGCACACCCUAAUCCCCGCGGCACGCACUAUGUGCCUCCCUCUGUGGGCCGGUGAGGGAGAUCAAAGAUCUCCCUCACCAACCCACAGGCAGGGAGGGAGGCAGGAGAGGACCCGGGGAGCUCUUGUCAGCAGCUCCGCCGGGUUCCUCUCGCGCGGUCGGAUCGUUACCACGGCAACGCUCAGAUCUCGCGAGAGUGAACUCUAGCCCCACAGGCUAGAGUUCACUGUCCACUGGACCACCAGGGAAGGCAGGAGCACGGUCCCCCCUCCCUACAUAAGGUAAGAAGGGAGGGGGGAUAUUAACUAAACGGCCCACACAUUACACACACACACUAACACCCUCACACAGGCACACACUAACAGCACCCUUACACACAGCACCCUCACACACACAGCACACACUAACAUCACCCUUACACACACACACACUAACAGCACCCUCACACUAACAACACCCUUACACAUACAGCACCUUCACACACUAACAGCACCCUCACACACAGCACGCUUACACAUACACACACUAACAGCACCCUCACAUACACAGCACCCUUACACAGCACACACUAACAGCAUCCUUACACACACAGCACUCUCACCCACUCACACAAAGCACACACAGCAGCCUCACAGCACCCUUACACACUAACAACACCCUUACACACACAGUACCUUCACACACACACAGCGCCUUCACACACAGUGCCCGCACACACACAGUGCCUUUACGCACAGCACCUACACACAGCACUGUGUGUGUAUGUAUGUGUAUAUGUGUGUGUGUGUGUGUGUGUGUGUGUAUGUAUGUAUGUAUGUGUAUAUAUAUAUAUAUAUAUAUAUAUAUAUAUAUAUAUAUAUAUGUGUGUGUGUGUAUAUAUACGCGGCGUGUGUGUUUCUGCUUUAGGGUGCACACCCUUAUACAAUAGGCUGCGCACGCCUAUGUAUGGAUCCUUUUUUUUGGGGGGGGGGGGUUCUUGUUUCUACAUAUUUUAAUACAUUAUCUGUAAAGUGCAUUCAAAAAGAAUAGAUUGAUUUGUUAAAUCUUCAAGUUCUCUCUGCUCACUCUGUGCACCAGUGUCCUUGCUGGUCUCUGUUUGCUUUAUCAAAGGCCUGUAAUUUUCCAGCAUUUCUAAAAAGCCUUGUCAAACCGUAAAUUGCCAGAGGCAGAGAAAGAUGGGUAGUACGAUUUUCCUUUACUCUAAGUUUUCUGCCUUUGGAAUCGUUGACAGAGAGGUUUGCUUGCAGUCUAACCACAUAGCUGAAAGAAUGCAGAAUGGCUACCCAUUGUCUAUUGUGAUUUAGGAGGAGGGAGCUGAGCAUGUGCUUGUUAGAUGGAAAUGGAGAAUAUACAGUUAUAGAAAUGUUAAUUUAAUUUAGGUUUACUUUUGAUAUGAGGACAUUUUGUGGUGUAUGGAUCACUCCUUUUCUUUUAGUGCUAUAGGAAGUCUGCAUUUUGUUUUUAAUGUGCAGUUUUUAUUUCCAAUUGUAAAGGUAUAUAUCAAAAUACAUGAAUCGUAUAUUAAGGUGUGUGUUUUUUUUUGUUUUGUUUUUUUAUAAAGCAAAUAAUAAAACCAAAUAGUAUAUACUGCUGGUAUAAGAGGAUCGGCAUAAUAUUAUUGUAUAAGACUCAAUUGGAGUUGUACCAGGUACACUGAGCUUUUCAGUCUAGCAACUGCUAACAUGCUUGUGUAACCCAGGCCUUUAUUAGCACCUAAAAUGCACUGUGAGCACUGCCUGUGUUGUUUUUACUAUGCUGUAUGUUACUUAAAUACACCCAAGCCCGAACUCUAAACUCACCAUCACAUCUCAAUUACAGGGGCAUUGAAUGGACCAGUCUCACUAGCUUCCUCUCGUUUGCUACAUCUACCCCAAACAACCUUGGUCUGGGGAGAAAUGAACUUCAACUGGUGGACCUUCUUACAGGUUGCUUCUUCUGUUAUCCUAUUGUGUAUUUGGUGCCUCUUCCUGUAUUUCAGUUCAUGUGUUCAGUAGUAGUACAAUCCAUUUCUUGUGUUUGAGUAUUCGGUUGCAGGAUACCACUAAAGAACCUUAGUAACAGGUUAUUUUGAGAGUUGUUGGGGAUCCAUAGCAUGAAGGAUUGAUGCAGUAGCAGGUUUAGGUCUGGACUCGGUCCGGGGGAACAGGCUCUCAGUAUCUGAACUUAUUCCUAGAUGUUCAGUGUUUGUGUUUACGUCUCUCACAUGAGUAGAGGUGAGAAUGCUGCCACAAAGGGAGCAGAAUCACAAAAUGGGUAAAACUAAAUACCCCCAGUUUGUGACAGUAAAUAUUACAUACCCGUAUGGUCCAGCAAAAUGUUAUUCAUAAUCAUUUAGAUCUUUAAAGGUCAUAUAGAUUUAAUGUUUAUAAAAGCAACAGAGAGAACCAAUAUUACAUAGUGUAACAUAUAAAACUAAAACCUACAAGAUAAGUAUUAAACUGUCUAAUAUGCAGUAUGGCUUCUUCUGGGCCCCAGGAUACAUAGAACAGUUGUAGGGUACAUAGAACAGUUGUUCAAUCUAAUGAGAAACGAUAAUCCGGUCGAUCCUUGCGCAAGAAACCAUGACAGGACUCCAAACUCUGUGGUUCUAAAAAAAUAAAAAUGUGUUCUGUGAAAUUCAUUUUCUGAUCUGUGUGCUUACAGGAAGGAGUGUGGCAUUUAGAGGCGAGAGAGGCAUUGAUGAGCAACCCAUGGAGAUGAUUAAAGUGUCUCAUCUGAAGUAAGUAUAGUAUGCUGCAGACUGGAACUGAAACUUUAAUAGAAGGGUAGGCAACCUCUGGCACUCCAGAUGUUGUAAACUACAUCUCCCCCAAUGCUUUGCCAGCACUAUGGCUGCAAAUGCAUUAUGGGAGUUGUCGUCAACAACAUCUGGAGUGCCAAAGGUUGCCUACCCCUGUAUUAAGGUAUUUAAUAGCAUCCGAAAACUUAUAGAGAAGUUAGUAGGAAGUUUUCGAUCAAUGCACUGAAGCUGGGGAAAAAAAAAAUUUUUUUAAGUUAAGUGCUAUGAGUUAAAGUGGAAGUGUCCCUCCCUGAGCAGUAUCUCUUCACUCCAGUAGACGUUAUUUCAGCAUUUACUAGGAUAAAUAAAGCAGCUGCAGUAAAUAAAUAAAUUGGUGGUGGGGGAGCUUUUCUCCGGCAGUGCCAUAUUUGUACCUGCACCAGUUACACAGCACUGCAGAGCUAACCGUGUUACGUAAAAUAAACCAUAAAAAAAUAGCACAAUCAGUAGCUAAUUUUAGUUAGUUGUUUUUAGUUGUGCUAAAAUCGGGGAUGUGACCAUAAACUACCUUAGGCAUUACUAUGCUAUAUUUAUUUCACGAAUGUCGAGCAAAGCACACAAUAUACUUUCUAACACCUAUCCUCGGUUAUUACAGGCAGUACUUGGCAGUAGUGUUUAAAGACAAACCCUUGGAACUAUGGGAUAUUCGUACCUGUACCCUUCUCCGGGAGAUGUCUAAAAGCUUCCCAUCUAUUACAGCUCUGGUAAGACAGGAAAACCAAUCUCUGUCAAUCUCACACAAGAUCCCUUAAUUCUGCCAGAGAGAAGGGCACUCUAUAAAAGAAUUAUGCUUUGCUUUUCCUCCGAGAGGGGCAGGUUUAGAUUAACUUCGUAAUGGUUUUAUUUCUGUAAAUCAGACAUGUAGCUCUUCAGUUGUCAUUUAGUUAUGACUACUUGUGUGAUGAACAGCCAGCCACAGACCUGACUCCUUUCCUUCUGAUUGCUGAGUAUCCUGCAACUCUCCACUGGAGAACUUAGCUACUGAUUAUACCAGACCUAUGGGCUAAUCAGUUCAUCCAUAUUGCAUACCAGCCUUUGAUUCACACAGGGUUUCCUUCCUUGCUCCUUUGUACUUUCUUUAAGUCUCUUUAAACUUAAUAAAAUCAAUCUGUAAGACACAUGUAUUCCACAUUCUUAUAGUUUUUACUGUAAUAUGUGUGUUACACAUUGAUUUUACUAAGUUUACAGAGAGACUCUGUGAAGAGGUAGUUUUAUUCGCAUUUAUGUAGAUGUUUUAACAGCAAUUUGUAUAAAUACUUGCAAAAACAUGAUAUACACUUUAAUUCUGUAGGGUAAGCGUUUCUUGAUAUCUGACUGCCAUUCUGGGGUCAAGAAUGAUUUUUUUCUCCCCCUAGUUUGUGGCACAAUUGGAAACGUUUGAGAUGUGAUUUUGUUUUUUGUUUUUUGUCUGCUUUUGGAUCAAUAGAAAAAAUCAAAUGUGUGAAAGGCUGAAUUUGAUGGGCGCAUGUCUCUCUUUUCAGCUGUGUAAAUAUGUAACAAUGGUUUCAAAGGUAUUGUCUGGAAAUCAAGGUGAAUUCAAAAAGAUUUUUAGGUCACAAUAGAUAUAUUGGAACAUUUCAGUUAUCUCUGUUUUCAGCUCACCUUCUUUGGCCUGAAAGUUUAAAUUCACUUUGAAUUCCUAACGGUUCACACAAAAAAUUGUGUUCUAUAUGCAUACAUUUUUACAUCAGGGGUGUGGGUUGUGAAGCUUAUUGUCUCUGUCACCCCAUUACUCUUCACCCUUAAUAUAUUUGGGAUUUGUUCCUCAAAGGGCAAUUGCUUAUGUGCUGCGAUACAUAACAGACCUUUAAGGGAGCAUGGCAAGUAUUCCAUUUGUUGAAUUAGUGGAUCUUGCAUUGACAUUUUAAGGGUUUUUGGCAUCUGUGUACCCUGCAGAAAUUCAUUUGAAUGGGACGGAUGGAAAAAACAGGGAUUAACCAGGGUGAUGGUUAAGUUUUCAAACUGUGAUUUACACAUUUAUUUGACAGUGCUGCCAUGUCAAUGAUACUGUAAGGGUUUAAGAUAAGACUUGGGUUUUUAUGUAUUUUCUUCUCAAGCUUACAUUUAUUUGUGUUAAUCCUAGAUACAGAUAGAUAUGUAAAAUAUUUAAGAACACAUAUUUAAUUUUACUAAAGUUGACAACAGAAAGCUUUUUUUUUUUUACUUUUUCUUACAUACUUUCUUUCACUUUUCCAUUGAACUAGUGGUGAUCUCUUUAUUGUGAAAAGCUUUUGGCACAGAAAGGGUUAAAAAGUGACUGACAGGUGCAGGGGGUCAGUCCCAUCAAGAUAUUAUGUCACCCUAUAGUUUGCUGGCUGUAGGCAGUGUACCUAGUUCCGCACCUGUUUGGCAAUGGGCUAGCACAGCGGCUUUGUCUUGUCUCUUAGGAAUGGUCCCCAUCUCAUAACCUGAAGAGUCUGCGAAAGAAACAGAUGGCAGCCCGUGAGGCGAUGGCACGUCAGACUGUCUCCUCAGACACCGAGCUGAAUAACCUGGAGUCUUCGGUUAUCAGGUAACAUCUGCUAGCUUUAUAAUAGCAUACUGAUGAUUCAAGGCUCGUUGAUUUAGCUUUUUGAAUUUUGAUCAUAAUUGAGAACACUCAGAUGUCUCUUAAUUUCACAGAAAAAAAACGUUUCCCUUUCUUUAUAGUGAUUCCCCUAUCAUUGAUUUGGUGGAGGGGUAGGUCAUCAUACUGCUUUAGAGCAUAAGCAUCAAGUAUUUACAUUUUCUGAUUUGAAAUUUUGCUGCUUGUCUCUUAUGUCUGAAUAUUAACCCUCUAAAUGCAAUAAAUAUGGAAAUGUAUAUUCAUUAAACCCUGAACUGUAGCAAAUUGAAUAUCACAAUGUAAACAAAACUAGCCAAGCUGUGAUGGGGAAUUUGUCCAAACCAGCUAUUUUGAGCUGAACUUGGCAUUUCUGUUUUCAGUUUACUAUAAUUCAGAGUUUAGUGGUUACACACAUUAGCAUGAGCAACCUGUGCGGUUGUUUUGCCAUCAAUUUAUAUGGGAAGACUGCAUGCAUAUCCUUCUUCAAAAAAACCUAACCUAUUGAAUUGCAUCCCUAACCAUAAACAAACAUUAUAUAUUUAACACACAUUCCUAUAUUUAAGGUGUGUGUACCAAUUGCAGUUUUUGCACAGCAUGCCCUUUUAUCUAGGAUGUUAGUAGGCAACAUGUAGCUUUCUAUGUAUUUGUGAUCUUCAGCUACCAUGGUCCUCAGGCGUAUUAGUCAAAAUAAUCAUUAGGUGGAUAACCGUGGGCAUUGAAAUUCUGUUGCAGCAGACAAACUAACCAUUGGCCUCUCCUUGGCUUUGGCUUAAUCACAAUGAUGGAUAAAGUGAGCUGCAUUUCCCAUGAUGCUUUGCCAGCUGGACAUGAUGGGACUGUCCAUGUCAUUAAAUAUGAUGGAACGCCACCCAUCUAGUCAGCUAACUAAGCAUCAUGGGAAAGUUACUCCUCAACUAUAGGGGUUAUCAAUGCUAAUCAUCAUUAAUGGCAUGCAGAUAUGUAAUCCUUUAUUGAUGUCUGUGAAAUGUGCUGUUAACCUUUCUAGCAUUUCGAAUUGUGAAAUUAUAAACUGACUCUUCUGGCAUGAAAACUGCAUUAAUGCUGACAAAUUGGGAAAAAGGUGAAAUUAACAGCCACUCAGUGGUGCGGACAGAGUGACUAUCUACCUGGUCUGUUAGUCUGUUACAGGAAGCAGAAAGCAAGUCUGAAAUGAGCCAGAAUAUCUCUGCACGAGAGCACUUUGUAUUCACGGACACAGACGGACAGGUUUACCACCUCACUGUGGAAGGGAACUCUGUGAAAGACAGCGCCAGGAUCCCGCCAGAUGUAAGUUAAUCUGUUUACUAUUUUGUCUGAUUGGCAGGCUUGACGUUGCAUGCAUGCAGCAGAAUUAGAUAUGACUGCCACUGACUAGAGACUGUUUCAGCUAGUUUCUUCAUUAACUUUUAAAGGAAAGUGUAUUUAGCUGGGUGGGAUGCAAUACUGAAAGUGUUCCUGGAAAAUAUUGUACUGUUGACUACAAAUGUGGCUUAGCCAACGGACAACCUCCCUGGGUAUAAUAUUAACUUGUCUGUGACCGACUUCUGCUUGCACUCUUAAUCACGGCUGGAACUCUGUGUAGCAACGGAAAGCUCUCCCAAAGAAUCAGCCACUUCUGAAAAAUUGAUAGGAUUACAGAGUAGAUAAUUAAAUGGAUACACCUGGGUUAUUGUGUUUAUUUACUAACCAGUGUGGACCCGUCAUUUCCAGUGAGUUAAAACGCAUCCUGGAAAUUUUCUAAAUGUAGUCUUGUUUAUCUUAUACUAAACAUAUUAAGUCAGGUUCUCUUUAACUGUCAAUAGCUCUUUAACUGUCAAUAGCUCUUUAACUGUCAAUAGCUCUUUAACUGUCAAUAGCUCUUUAACUGUCAAUAGCUCUUUAAGCAAAGAAGUGGAGUUUUUUUUAGCAUAAAGAUAAAUUUGUUGCGUUGCUUUAGGAACUAAUAAGUUGAUCCAUACCUGCUCUACAAUGCCCUCACUUAUCAUAAUUUGCAUGAAAGAAGAAGAUCCUGUGAAUAAUAAUCCUUAAAUCACCAGUUAUUACAUUCCAUGUCGGUAAAUAUUACAGCACACUUAAAAAGUCAUUCAUAAAAGGGUAUGAAUUUAGCUCAACUUAUUAUCCGUAUCAUCUAGAUUGGUGUGCAUGUGGAAUGCUCAGAUUGCUGCCUACUCCUGUAUCCUCAUAUAAACAAAAAUGUUCCAGCAAGUCCUUUUGUUAAAGAUUCUUCAAUGUAAAGAGCAGCAAAGUUUUGGUCAAAACAUGGUUGCAUUUUAUUCUGAAAACACUCACAUAAACGGACACUUUGUUGCAAUGGAUGUGCUGGAACAUUUCUUUAGUUUAGACGAGGAUUGGUUAACGGUGCACCCUGUCGGUAGAUUCUGUUCCCCCUUGUAGUGUACUGUGAUACUACUGUAUCACGUCCUGUCCUACAAUGAGGAAUACUUUGAGUCCAUGUGGUUCUACAAAACACUGGAGCUCAAACCCAGGAGUACUGUUAAUGAAGUUGGUGAAUCACACUGACAAUCCAGAAACCAGUUCCCCAUGUCUCUGCACUGGGUCAGUACCAUUGAUGAAAGCACAGCAUUUUAUUCUGUAGCUAGAACCGAGCUGCUAAAAAGCGUUCCGAUUCUGCCAGCUUGGUGUAACGCAGUGGAAAUCCACUAUAUAGAUGUCAGACCUUUUACUGCAAUAAUUUAAGAACAGGUGUUCAGCGAGGCAUUCAUCUAAUGAUUUUAUCAUAGGCCAUGAUUUGGGAAUUGCUGUGAUUCAUGGUUUUAUGCCUCAGUGAGUAGCAAGGUUGUAAGAUUCAUUGUUCUGCAUGGUCAAGGUUAGUGCGACAUGCACCCAAACAGUUAGGGGAAUUGGUGUAGGAAUCGGCCAGACUGUCGGGGUUUGACUUUCUGGUUGCAUCUUACAAGCAGGUGCUGCCAGUGAUGAAGGUCCAGCCUGCUUCAUGUUGUGGAGUCUGAAGAUUGCUGUGAUUUAUGUUCCCAGGCCAUAUAGAGGUUGUUACUGAUUUCUGCUCUACAUUCCUAUCAUUAUCUACUAAACUUGGAAUAGGGGGAUGAAUUGAAGUUACAAAAUUUACCAAACCUAUCUGAUUUAGGAAAAAAUUCCAACUCUUAUAUAGCCUCACAUGGCUAUUUCAGCCUAGUUUUUGCCAUUCAGAUUUUUACUUCAUCAUAAUUCACAGGUUAGCGAAUACACCUCAGUGUAUCAGAGUAGUUUGCGGUCUUCGAAGCCCACCUUCAAAAUGGACACGCAUGGCGGCUAUCUAUCUUUAUUUUUGUAGUGCAAUGAUAAUACAGGAUGGUUGAGACACAUUAGCUUGAACAUGUUUAACAAUAAAAACUGGUAACAUAUGUCAUAGAUGUUGCACUAUUUUUUUUUCUCCAGGUAAAUAAAUCCUAUGUGAGCAAAUCAGACAAUAUGGCAUUAGCAUUAUAAUAAGCUGAUAUUAGAUUAAUUAUGCCAUAUCUGAUCAAGACCCCUGAGCCCUCAGAAACAUUUAGCUAGUUAGACCAGCAUUAGUAACGACUGGAUAGGCUGCAUAGAGAGUCACCCGAGCCCUAAGGUAAAGAUCCUAUAGCCGCCACCGCCAGUUGGGUAGAGUCCCUAUUUUCAGACGUGGGUCUGUUGGUAGACAGCCACCAAGGCCUUGCCAGUCCAUCACUCCUCAGGACCAGGAGCAGUGUGUCGCUUGAAGUUGUGGAGUGACUUGUGAUUCUGCCACGUUGUGGGAGCUGAUGCUGCAAAGCCAGGAGGUGGUGUGUAGAGAGUGAGAAGUCGGUACUUCAGGCAGUCUGCCUCAGUGUCGAUUGUUAGCAUCCCGUGAGCCAUGUGUGACACAGACAGUGUUGCCCAGCCUUACUCGCAUGGGGCGCCGAGAGACGACCUCCGUGGAGGGAGGAAUAGACUCCUCCACCAUCUUGUAGGAUAAGCGAGUCCUCCAGUGCAGGUAGCCAACAAUGCUUGUGAGCUGGUAGUAGGGCUUCAGGAUGGACAGGAAUGACACCACCGAUCCAAAGGGGGGGAAGCAAGGCUAGCGCGUAGCAGAGUCAAGGUUCUGGUUUUCAGGUAUCCACCCCACUCACUGGUGGAAUAGGCCUUAGGUACCAAGAUCAGAUGUCUUGCCUCAGAGGGCCAAGACUAUAGUUUUGAGUCGAUCUUCAGGACCAGUACUCUUUUUAGUGCAUGUGGUUGUCGCUUCUUGGUGCCAGAUAAGGAUCAGACCACUUUUGUGGGCCACAAGGUUAGCUAAUUCUGGGAGCUGUUCUUCCAUGCAACUUGUGAGCAUGGUGGUCAGGCCCCACCCCCUACCCAUGCAUGUUUUUAAGGGUCACUGAGCAUCAUGGUAAAUGUAGUUGUGAAAUCUUUGAGGUUUAGGUUAGGUGUCAGUGCUAUUGUGAUUUCAUUGCUUCUUUCACACAGCUGCCCAGCGUUUACCCAUCAAAAUGACAAGUAGACAAGAAACAAAUCAUCCUGUAUGUGUCUACAUGCCACCUGUCGGCAGAUGGUUUAUAAUCAUCACCUAUUUUUGAUGCAUGCAGAUAACUCAGGGAAAUGUAGUCCAACACCUCCUGGUUCUUACCAUCUUUGUAUAUAAUAUAUCACAGUUUUAUAUUUAUAGCUGUUGCCAAAUAUGAUAUUUUUUUCCUAUUUAUAUGCUUUUGGCCAGCCACUCUGAAUAAAAAUGAGGCUGGCCAAAAGCUUGUUAGCUGAAACAAGGCCCAUGUUCGGUUGUUCGGGGUUAAGUAUAAGGACCAUAGCUUAUAGCAGGGAUGCAAAAAAGGUAGAUCCCCAGAUGUUGUAGAACUACAGCUUCCAUAAUGCCUUUUCACUCUAAAGCAUUGUAAAGGCAUGCACAGCACCAUGGGAGUUGUAGUUCUACAACAUCUGGGGAUCUAUCUUUUGGGCACGCCUGGUUUAUAGUUAGUGGCAAGAUCUAAGACCAGAUAGCGUAGACCCAGAAUAGUUAGCUGGGGGCAGAACUAGUUUUAGUGUAUUUUACCACAAUAGAAAAUGCAUUUCCACUUAGGGAAUGAAAUACUAUAAAAUAUGCUGUUACCAUUCAUAUGUCAAUGCUCUAAUUAUAUAUCUUUCUGGUUUGAAUGCAUUGUUUCCAACAAGUGAGGCAGUCAUGUCAUUUUAUUUACACCAAAGUUGUUUUGCCUUCACAUCUACUUCUUGCAGUUAUCUGCACGAUCGCUCAUCUUGGCAAUUUCUUUUUAAGAGCCUUCUAAAUCACAUAUUGCACAGUGAUUAUUGUCAUUUUUAUGACAGUGUUCUACUAUAACCACCGCAGUACACCAUAUUAAUGAUUUAUGUUUCUGCUGGGUCAGCCACGCAUUAUCUAGAUAUGAUGGCUGUGUCUUCUUCAAAUUGAGUUGAGAAAUACAUUACCGGUCUCAUCAAGCUUUCUAGCUUGGGGCUGGAAGCAGUCUAAGUGCUUUUACAUGGGAAUUUUCAAUAAAAACUAUGUAUUACACUUUCUAUGUGCUUCCAUGGGAAAAUGUAUAUUGCUUAUAUUAUUUAAAAUAAGUUGAAGAAUUGAAAUCCUCUCCCUCUUGUUUUUCUAGCGAUACCCUCUAAAUGAGGACUGAUAUUAUACAAUCUGAUCUUACCUCUGGCUAAAUAUGUUGAGACUAGCUAUUUUCUCAUUAAAGUUUUUGAGUUUCAGAACAGCGUGUAUGUCUGUAAAUAGCUUUAAAAGCUGAAACUAAUAUUUUAUGUCAUCCAUUUCAACAAAAUGAACUUGGAAAAUUUAUAUUUUUUUUUAUGAAGCAUGCUACUUAAGCAUAUUGGUCUCAUUUUAUGUUGGGUGUAUUACCCUGUAAGAUGUUAUCAUCUAAAAACUAGAGCGGCUCAUCUAGCCCUUUUAGUAAAUAGCGUGUGCUCGCAGGCAGUUUUGGUGUAAUUUGUUUAAGAGCAUGAUCACUAAACCUAGACUGUGUCUGUCCCUCGAAUUUAGAAAAGGCCAUUAGCCGGUAUGAAUGCCUUUUUUUGUGGGCAAGAUUUGCAUACUAACAUAGAAUAGUUAUCCUGGGCUUAUCUUUUUCCCUAUAGAGAUUUUGAUUAAAUAUAUAUUUUGUCUUUAUUUAAAUAAGUCCGUUAACCUGAAUAGGCGUUCAUUACAAAGGCCAAAUAUACUUUACAUUUUUAUAGGCAAACAAAUAUUGUGUACUCCUGCUCAAUAACUGUUAAAAUAGAAAGCUAAAAAUAAAAUAUAAUUUGCUUGCACUUCAAUCUAGAUUGAUACAGUGUGUUAACCAGAUUCUGAGCAAGUGUAUCGAUCACCAUAGAGAUCGCGUGCAGUUUGUCGGAAUGCUGCUGGAAUACAGAUAUUAGUCACUAAACAUUGUAUCACUUGAUGUAUUGGUGGGAUUUAGCCAGCUGAGAGCAAUGUCACAUUCUAAAUGUUCGCUAAGAGAUUAUGAUAAAUUGUAUCAGUGCCACAAUGAGCUUGUCUCCAAUUUUAUAAAUGAAGACAUUAAGGCAUUUUGUGAUGGAAGGUUUAAUUUAAAUAUAUAAUGCUCUUGUUGUGUAAUGCACCUUUUAUAUAUAACUUUAUAUUGCUUGAUGGUCUGCACCCCUAACACAAUCUAUUUAAUUUUGCAGGGAAGCAUGGGAAGCAUUUCCUGCAUUGCUUGGAAGGGAGACCACCUGGUCCUCGGAGAUGUGGAUGGCAAUCUAAACUUCUGGGAUUUAAAAGGACGGGUCUCCAGGUAACUGAUGGCAGAUCGUUCUUACUAAUCUUUAGAUUAAAAAAAUAAUUGAUGUUUUGGAAAAGGAUAUGGACAUAGACAAAGUUGCCACUUGCUGUUGUGCAGUGAAUACAUGUCAAUUUUUUUUGUGAGCUACAAUAAAACGCCUUGAACUACGCAGGAUAAUUUUUGGUGUGUCAGAAAUGCCGAACUCCUUAUUGUGCUAAAUAAAUAACUUAAAUGUUAUAAUUGUAGGCAGCAUGCUGCAGGUUGGUUGAUUUUAUUUUAGAGCUCACUGCCAGCACUUACAUUUUGAUCUCCCUUGGACUUCACCAUAAAUGCAAGAGGUGAUAUCAACCAAAAACCCAAAGUACUACCUAAAGAAACCCAAGUUCUGAAUCUCUGUAUCAGUCAUUGAAGACACUGGGAUAUGAUAUCCCAGUGCCCUGAUGACAGCUACCUGGGAAAGGAUAGUGGAAACGUAGUCAUUUUCAAAUGGGGACUCCAGAUAACCUGUUCCAUUAUAUGCCCAUAUCCAGCGGCAACCCUUUAAAAGCCAUGUAGGCACAGCCUUGGUGAGGACAGUGUAAGUCAGUCGGACAUCACUGAAACAGUUUCAUUGUACGUAUAUUUUUGUUUAUUUUUGAGUUUUAGUAUGCACCUGCUGAAAAAUACUCACUUUUUUUAUUUCACAAAGGAAUUUGAGAUGAGCUGUUCUGGGAGAGAAGGCAAUUAACGCAAUGUGUAUAUAUAAAAAGAAAUCUCCCCAAACAUAUUUUAUCCUUGACACUUAAGGGACUAGGCGGAAUUUACUAUUAACAAAUCUAGAAGGACUAAUUUACAUAGAAAUUACUUUGGUGAUAACCAUUCUUUGAGAAAUAUUUAACUCAAUAUUAUGCCAUGCAUGUUAUGAUCCUAGUAAUUUUUUAAAGCUUGGCAAACCGUUCCUGAGAGGAUUAUCAGUGCAUACCAUGAUUAAUUACAAGCUGGUAGCAAUAUCAUGCUUCUGCUUUAUUGCAAUUGGAACCCUUUGACACAGUGUAUCAACAUCGUGGAAAACCCACACAGUGACGUAUACACACACUGGCACAUACUCAGAUACACACCAAUACACACAUACUGACAUACACACAGUGACACAUACACAAACCUUGACACACAGAUACACACACUCACACACAUAAUCUUUGACACACACAUACACUCUCACUGACAAACACACACACAAUUUAUUUUUUUAAGUUUCACUCCACCCAGCCCCCCUACCUUUGGGAGUGCUGGCAUGUAGUCUCUAUUUCCAUGGGGUCCAGUGGGGCUGCUGGGCUGGCAUGCAGUGCCUGGGGUCCGGUGGGGCUGCUGGGCUUAGUGGCUGGCAUGCGGAUGGCAAGAGAGCAGUGAUCUUUCUGCUCAGCUCCCUCGCGUGUCUCUUAGUGAUGCCGGAGUGACGUCAUAUUCCAUCUCCGGCAUCGCUGCUGUGUGCACAGCGAUAAUCGCCGCUGCGAUAAUCGAGGCGGGUGGUGAGGAAGCACUCUCCCCUGCUCAGCUUCCUCGCUGCCUACCUGAGUUAUCGCGGGGGCCAUUUUGUUUCCCGAAAUUCUGGCGGAUCCCCAACGCUGGUCUAUUGUAACUGGGUACUUCGGUCUGUUUUAUAGGGGGAUUCCCACACACAGAAAUUGGGUAAAGAAGAUACGUUUUGCCCCAGGUAAAGGCAACCAGAAACUAACAGUUCUGUACAAUGACGGUGCCGAGGUGUGGGACACUAAAGAGGUAAGUGAAAAGGAGUAUCAUUUUGAUCUACACUUAAAAUGUGCUGCUGUAUAUGGACAGACCCCUGCAGUGAUCUGAGUGACCAGACCUACUUAGGAAGUGAGCAGGAAUUAGAUUUACUUAUUGCUAUGUCUCUCUACCUGAGCUGUAGACCAUUGGAAAAUAAUAUGGGAACAAUGCUUAGGUAAUGUUCUCAAUCUGAGCAUAUGUGGUUGGGAAGAACAGACAGAUGAAAUCAAGGCACUCAUUGCUCACUUUGAUCCAUUUCAACCUGCUUAAUGACAUAACAGCUUUCGGGAAUUGACUGAUUGUAGUUUCAAAAGUGGACACUGUACCUGACAUGACCAGGAAAAUAUUGUACUUCACCCGUGGUCAGAUUACGGUCUAAUGUGGUUGUUAAGCUUUCUUGACAGGAUGUCUUUUUGAGUGUCUGAAAUAUUGUUUAGAGCCUAUCGUUAAAGAGACACUUUAAAGAAACACUAUGGGGUCAGGAACCGUGUAUCCUGACCCUAUAGUGUUAUAAAACCCCGGCCUCCCUUGUCCCCUUAAAAAGGUAGAAAACUCGCCUUUUUUUCAGAUCCGCGCAGGUCUGCCGUAAACGUCCUUGCUAAGCACCUCUAGUGGCUGUCUCAGUGACUGCCACUGGAUGUGUCCGUAGCGAGUAAUUUUUUCCCCCUUUUCUCUGAAAAUGCCUGCAGGAACUGACUAUAUUCACCAUAACAACUACAUUAAGCUUGAGUUGUUCUGGUGACUAUAGUGUCCCUUUAACUACUGUUUAGGUUGGACGAAUUGGCGUGGACAUUGGAAGUGUUGAUUAUGCAUUGUCCAUACGCCUGAGAAAGGGGUUUCCUUAUACUGUAUAGAGAAUUGAUCGUUUUAAUGAUGUACAUGUAUUAGAUUUUUCAGGUACUAAUCAGCAUCUCUUAUCUACUAGAUUCAGAUGGUGAGCAGCCUGCGCACUGGGAGAAAUGUAAACUACCGUGUCCUAGAUGUUGAUUGGUGCUCAUCCGACAAAGUAAUCUUAGCUUGCGAUGACGGUUGUAUCAGAGUGUUGGAGAUGUCUUUGAAAUCUGCUUCCUUCCGGAUGGAUGAACAGGAACUCAUUGGUAACACUUGAGGGAGGAACAGGAACUCAUUGGUAACACUUGAGGGAGGAACAGGAACUCAUUGGUAACACUUGAGGGAGAGACAGGACAAUCGAUAAGACAGAUUGUAAAAAGCAAGAACACUAUAUGCAGUCAUCAUUUCACAUUAAAGCAAUGUUUGUAGCUUGUGAUUCUCCAGUAUUCAACUGGCGUUCUCCCCGGCACCCAGAGACAGGUCUGCUUCAUCAACAUUAAUUUCACUUUACAUUCAGCUGCCGUGGUUAUACUGCAUUAAUUGCUCCCUUUAAAGGGAUACUCCAGAAACCAUGAUCAUGUCAGUAUUUUGAAGUGAUCAUGGUGCAAGGACCCUGUAUGUGCAGUGUUUCAGUAAGAAAAGCUGCAAAUACAGAGAUAUUUAAUAUUGCUGACGGAGGUAUAACUCCACCUCUGGCAGCUUUCACUAGCCUACCUGGAAUGAGUUCUUGGCCGGCUAACAUUAAUCAUGUGCAAGUUCUGUGCACAGAGUUCAAUUCAUUGGAUCUGACCAUUUUCACCCAAUGAAUGAAUGGCAGAAUUGGCUAUGGCAGCUCUGUGAGGCUUGAUGACUGGCAGGACCCAGGUAAGGGGACAAUCUGUUUUUAAAACAGGUGUCCUUUACUGAGCAACACAUGAUCCAGGAGAUGCUUGAAGUAACCCUUUAAACCUUUAAACACAAUUACAUUUAUCUGGUUUUGGGUAGAAACACAUGUUGUUUGAUCAGGUGUAUUCUGUGCUUGUCUGCUUUGGAAUGGCUCGCACGGAAUGCAAAAGGCAGCACAGACAUGAAAUAGUAAAUAAGGCAUGUGACUAGUAAUAUUGUUCAUUGAUAUAAAUAUUCCAUAUGUCUGAAGGUUUUUUUUUUUUUUUGGGAACCAUUAUAAAAUAUUGAACCUAUUUUUUCUGCUGUUACUAAAUGUAAAAUUGGAGACUGUUUCCUAAACAUGUAUUAAAUAAUAUUUUGCUUGUUGUCCAUUGUAAUUUACAAUGUCAUUUAUUCUUGUUGUCAGAUCCUGUCUGGUGUCCAUACUUGCUGCUCCCGAAGGCAUCUUUAAUUCUUAAAGCCUUCCUGCUUCAUCAACCCUGGGGAGACAAAUGUUCCUUAAAUAUCACAGAUGUGUGAGUUGAUUUACAUCCGGCUCCUAUCAAGCAGCCGGUUAACAUGUUUUUAUAUGUAUGCAGUAUGCUUGAUUAUGCAGGUUCCAAUGUGUUGCCUUCAUCAAAACUGUUCACAAGUCUUGUUCUAGUCCCAUAACCGCUAAUGCCCCAUUCAAAAGCAUUUUGUAUUUUUUUUUUUUUCCCUUCUAGUGACUACCCAGAGCAUGAGGACAUGAAGGCUUUAAUCCAAGAACAAAUCAACUCUUUAUCCAAGUGAGUCCUAGUCACUUCUACUACUGUUGGCCCAAAACUAGAAAUCUGGUACAGUCUGGGGAGUUUGCAGAAUUUGCAAAGACUCCCGAGAUUGACAUCACCACUGGGGAUCUGGGGUAGGAAAAGGUGAGUUAUACUUACCUGAACUAGUCCCACACAGGAACCGCCAUCUUUUUCCACUGGGUCCCUUCGGCUCCUUUUCUUCAAGAGUGAAUGUCACUGCUGUACUCUUGCCCAUGCUUGAGACUACAGCAUUAAGGUCUGUGGAGGACCCAGUUAGACCAUGGGAUCUUACAUAGACAGAGCCAAUUCCCUGAAGCCAUCACUGGUGACAGCUGGGGGGUUAAAACAAAGUAAUCUCUUCCCUUUCAAAGGUAAUUUUAGUUUUAGGAAAAGCCAGAAGUUACAGGGUGCCAAAUCUUUAAACAGAUUCCUGACCAUCUUUGAUGCUUUUUUACCACACUUUUAUUUGUGCUACGAUUAUUGCAUCGUUCCCGAAAUCCUUCUGAAUCAUCCAAAUAGUUUCCGAGGAGGAAUGUUCAAGCUUAACGCAAAUUCGUUGCUCUACACGCUCAGUCAUUUUGAAUGCAACGAUCACACAGUACACAUGCUCACUCAAGUCGUCAUUGUUCAUGCAUGCGUAUUCCAGUUCCCUCUCCUUGGCUGCUAGGUUACAUCGAUGUUGCCUCGUAAUGAUUGAAAACAAGUUGGUAUUUACAAAAGUGUGGGACAGCUUAUAGACUCAAAACUUUGGUUUGUUAUUAGUUGCGUUAUCUUUUGUUAAAAUCUUCUCUUUUCAGCGACGUGAAGGAUUUGCUUUUGGACCCAGAGUUUACACUCUUGCAAAGGUGCCUGCUUGUUGCAAGGUUAGUUUGUAUUUAAUGAUCAUUAGUAUAUUUCACUUUUUCCAAACUAAAGCUAUUAAAGGAACAUUCCAGGAAUCUGUUAGUUUAUUAGUGAGAAAAACCAUACAUUUUAAAAUGUAACAAGAUUUCUAUGAUGAUUUUACUUUGAUUACACAGAUCUGCAAGGGCCAGAUCAUUGUUUGUUUGUUUUUUUGUUUUUUUUUGUAGUCAAUUCUGGUUUUAUUGUUUUCAAUAUGACAGGGAUUGGAGAAAUGUACUUCAGCCGUGUCAAGCACUUUCAUUCAUGAAAAGACAUGAAUGAUCGUGCUUGGCAAGAUAAUUAAAGCAGAGCGUUUCAUGCAUGCACGUUGAAAGUUGAUAUGGCUUAGCUCAUGAUGUAAGAACACUGUCUAGUUCCUCUCUUGUCAGGGGUAAGGUAUGUAACAUAGUGGGGAGUUAGGAAAAUAUUUCUCACUCGUCUUUAUGUUGCCCUAAUUGAUUUAUACAUCUGAAUGGUACAAAGGUUUUCAAGUAGCUGUAAUAAAAUGGAUACUCUCUUUUUAAUUCAUUUUUUUUCAGACUAUAUGGGGAUGAGUCCGAGCUGCAUUUCUGGACUAUAGCUGCACACUACUUGCAAGUGUUUCAACGUACGAGGCUUAGCAGCAGCACCACUCCAGCAAGCCCACUGGACAUUUGUUAUGACCUUUUGUGUGAGAAUGCAUAUUUUCAGGUAACACUGUGUGCGAAUGCAGGCAUUCCUUCCUAAAUCAUUCUCCUGCAUGCAGAUAUAGGAAACCUACAACGAAAUUAGCCAAAAACAAUCCUAAAAGCCAUCUAUAAUAAAAUACUUGGCUGUAUGGUUGUAUAGCAGUGACAGCUACCCCUUUAAGGAUCCUCCUGAUUAGCCUCUUUUACCUGUAAUAUACCAAACAACAUAUAAAUGGGGUUUCAGCUUAUCCUAUCUACCAUCUCUGGUGGGCUAGUAGAAUACCUUAGUGCUAUACUUAUGAGCCUUUACUGGUUUUAUUGUUGGCAAUCCCUGAGGAAGUCCAGGAUUGUUGGAUGAAACACGUAGUCCCUAGCACAGCCUUUUUAUAUAGUGUUUGGAAUAAAAGUGUUGCUUUUUUCACUAUCUUCACCCUGGUGUACCUGAGGGUUCCUGCAGCAAAUUGUGGCAUAAGGAGGUAUUCUCCUAGCCCACCGGGAUAUACCCGAGAUGCUUUAAAGCAUUAUUCACUUUAAAUAUUUUGUGAGUGCAACCAAUAAGCAUGCAAUAUUUUUGGUGUUGCAAUACUUCACUAUUAUUUGCUUUUUUUAAAAAAAAAUUUUUUUAUCUAGGAUAAACCAGAAUCCCAUUUAUAUGUUGCUUGGUAAAAUGCAGAUAUAGGAAUCUGGAUAUUUUAAAGUGUACUUAUCAUGGUACACAACACAUCUGUACAUUAUUCCAGCUAAAUUGCUAGGUAUCUAAAUAAGAUAUGGUCCCUCACUUGUCAGUGCAAAUACAGUGCAUGCACUCUAGCAAGAUUCAUCUAUAAAGGUUCCAAUUUCUAUCAAAAUCUGCACUUUUUGUAAGAGCUAGCUAGACUGCUUUAGGGGUCUGUAGUGUCCAUAUAAGAGCUUAUAUUUUCAAAGGUCUUCAUAGUUGACAUCAUUCACACAUCACACAGACACCAAACACUGCAAAAAAAGUUACACAUUUUUAUUGUUCGAGUGCUCCUAUAGCACCUAUACUAUUAUUAAUGCUGGAAGUGUGCAUGCACAAAACAUUUAUUCACUCCCAUGAUAACCUUUAGAUUAUUUAGCAGUUAUAGGACUUAGCCAUCAUUAUUUUAAAAUGCACUUUUUUUUGUUGGCAACGAGGGGAAAUUCAUGAUUUAUAAUAUUGAGCAAGCUGUCUCUAACUAAAUUGGAAACUUUUUUCUAGAUCAGCAAUUUUUUCUGGAAUUGCUUUGCCUAAAUUAGGAUUCUAAAGGGACACAAUAGUCACCAGAACAACUACAGCUUAUUGACUUUGUUCUGGUGAGUAGAAUCAUUACCUUCAGGCUUUCUGCUGUAAGCACUGUCUUUUCAGAGAAAAUGCAGUGUUUACAUUACAGCCUAGUGAUAACUUCACUGGCCACUCCUUAGAUGGCUGUUAGAGAUCCUUCCUGGGUCAUGGCUGCCUAAAAUGCAUGCAGACACUGAACUUUCCUCAUAGAGAUUCAUUGAUUCAAUUCAUCUCUAGGAGGAAAUACUGAUUGGCCAGGGCUGUGUUUGAAUCAUGCUGGCUCUGCCCCUGGUCUGCCUCUUUGGCAAUUUCAGCCAAUCCUAUGGGGAAGCAUUGUGAUUGGAUCAGGCUACCACUUCUGAUGAUGUCAGCAGACUGCUUGUUUUUCUGAGUCUAACAGCAUGCAGAGUUACAGCUUCAGGCUUGAAUACAGUAAGAUCUUUACUAUAUUUAUGGAGGCAUGAGGGGCCCAGGGGGGCUGGAUGGUGGUUUUAACACUAUAGGGUCAGGAAUACAUGUUUGUGUUCCUGACCCUAUAGUGAUCCUUUAAUAAUCUAGUUUUCAGUGUUUAAUAGUGGUGAUCAGUGCCUUUAAGAUACUGUUUGUUAGCUGUUAAUUAUUCCUUUACAGGCACCAAAACAAUUUUAGCUUAAUGAAGCGGUUUUGGUGUAUAGAUCAUACCCUUGCAGUUUCUUUGAUGCCUGCAGUAUCCCUUUAAGUGAAUAUCUUGUUAUUAUCACAUAUGCACUAAAAGCUGACCCAGAACCUUUAAAGCAAGCAUGUCAAACUCAAAGGCUAGCAAGGGCCAAAUAAACAAGGUUUAAGUUUGUCCCACAAAAAAACAAACGUAAAUUUUCACCCCCUCUACUAAACUCCAGCCCCCCCCAAUCUACUAAAUCCUUGCCCCCCGCUCGUCUACUAUAUCCCAGUCCCCCCGUCUACUAAACCCCUGCCCCUGUUAAAAAAAUAAUUUUAAAAAACAGCCAACAAGCAGUGCCUGGAGUCCGGCCUCUGGCAUACUCCCCAAUGGCCCCAUCCGCACCUUUAAAAAAAAAAAAAAAAGCAGAUUCCUCCCGUAACUCCUUGAAACCCUCACACACACUCACUGACAAACACACAGACUUACUGAUAGCCAGGCACCUAUACACACACAGACUGUCAUCCACUUAGACAUACACACAGACUGGGUUGGUUUCUUACCUGGGGUCUAGUGGGGCUGCUGGGCAGACAGGCAGUGAGAGAGCGCGGAGUGUAAGCGCUCCCUCGUGCGCUGCAGUGAUGCCGGGAGCCGGAGUGAUGUUAUAUUCCGGCUCCUGGCAUCACUGCGGGGAGCUGAGCAGGGAGAGCUUACACUCGGAUAUCCCUUGCAGCGGCUCAUGGGCCGCAUAAAUAAUAGUUUGACAUGGCUGCAUUAAAGGGAAACUAUAGUGCCAGGAAAACAAAGUUGUUUUCCUGGAACUUGAGCUUAGCUCCCUAUAGUGCCCUCCUCCCUCAUCUGGUAGAUAACCACUAGAGGUGGAGUUAACCCUCAAAGGUAAUUAUUGCCGUUUAUUAAAAGCUACAAUAAUGAAGUGUUCUUGCAUGGCAAGACCACUUACUAUUAUCUCACAUAUAUAUUAUUCUUAUUAUUAUAACCAAAUUUGCCACCCUAACUCCUCCCACAGUUUUUAUACUACAUAGACAGUAAUAUACCGAAACGUGCGGAUUGUUCCCGAUCGGUGUGCUAUUACUUUGUGGAACGUUUCGCCUAAUGGUUCACAAAAUAUCGUCGUUUUUGUGGCAAAAUUGGUCCCAUAGGAAUGAAUAGCAGAAUGUUCAAAACUAGAGUGGGAGCUGACAAAAGCUAGAGUGUGAGCUGAAAAAUCAGGACAUGGUUUCUAAACUGCCACCACUCCCUCAUUUUCAAGCCCACCUACACAAAUCUUAUAUCAGAACGUUCAGCUAUCCCUGCUGCCAUAGUCCUGAUAGUUUUCACAAUAUGACCAUUUGUUUGCAACUCACGCCGUCCAUUGACAUUCAUUAAAACUCCACUCUAGCCACCUCAAAUUUGAAGGGCAAUUUCUAAACUGCGACUGUGCCUUCAUUUUUAUUACUAUGCAUCAAAAAUGUAGGUCUGGGUCUUGUGAUUCCCACAAUAUAAAGCUCUUCACUGUAGGCUUUAUAGUUUUUAAAAUACGACCAUUUGAAGAUGGCAACCGCCAGUGAAGUGAGCAAUUUGGAGCAGUUUGUUUUUAACCGCUCUUCUCUGCCCUAUUUGAAAUCUAUUGGUUCCUGCUGGCAGUGGGUGGAAUGUUCGAGGGAUUUGAAAGAUUUGAAAGCUCUUCUCUGCCCUUGCUGUAGAGUGAGUGAACCACACUCCAACCUUUCCACAGUUACUCCAGCCACUUCAACCACACAACAAUUACUCAAGCCACUCCACCCAGUUACUCCGCCCACUCCAGUUGUAGACUACUGGUGGAGGCAAGAACAUUUCACACAAUUUCCCCAGAAAUUGUAGCUUUUCUAGUUACUUUUGCAGGAUUAAGGGUUCUGGGCCUAUGCACCCAGACCACUUCAAUGAGCAACAAAUCUAUGGAUUAUAUGUUAUACUGACUAAACUCGUAUAUGUAUAAGACUAUAGUAAAGUAAAUGAAUCAUCGUAGCCCCUGCAGUAAUAUGUAACUUAUGAUGAAAAAUGAUCUGUGAUCCAUUUUUUAUUUAUUAAAGGACAACGGUCAUAUCUUUUCGUGUGUUUUUUUUUUUUUUAAGUUUAUUACAUUUAUUAAAAUUUGAUUUAAAAAAAAAAAAAAGUUUCUUUAUUUUUGUUGUGCAGUGAAAAACAAUACAUAGUUAAAC